AUGUUCGUGCUGGACCUCAUCCAUCCUGGCCCCAUCACGCUGCUUCAUGGGCUCGCCUGGUUGGGAGCUUUGCUGCCUGCAUACGGCGCCGCAUGCACAGGGCCGGCGCCAUCGGUUUCGGACUUUGUGCAUGUUGAGUCUUCCUCGCUCCUCCGCGGAUGCGUUCGCAUGGGCUUGCUGGCGUUUGCGUAUGGCCUGACCCGACUAGGAGCCUUCCCGUCCACCUUGGACUUAUUCAUGCUCGGGUCGCUGCUGCUUGCGCAGAGCUCUGUUCAAACGGGCAGCUCGAUGUCUGUCUAUGGAAUGAGUUGCCCGGGAGAUUUCUUGGCCGUCCCUGAUGUACUGCAGAUUGAUUUGCCUCUUGCCAUGCAAGGCUUCGCCAGGCCUGGGUCUUCCUUGCUUGCAUACGGCUUGGCACAGUUGGGGACAUCUUUACCUGUGCUUGACCACGUGUCUCUUGGUGUGCCUUUGCCUUUGCGAACGCACAUCCGCUUGGGCUCUCCGACGGCUACCUUCGGAAUGGCUCGCCUUGGCUUUGCCACGCUGGCCUAUGACUGUGUGGAGCCGGGCAGUGGCCUCUUCGUGACAAGCUUCGCUCGGCCAGGCUCCUUCCCUUUGGCCUACGGCGUCUCGCGCUUGGGAGCGUCCUUGUUGGUGGUCGACUUCUUGACCCCGGGAGCUUCGCCGCUGCCUCGCAGCUUUGCCCGUCCAGGCCUUUCCUUGCCAACUUAUGGCAUCUCCUGGCCCGGCUCUCUCCCGCCAACACCUGACUCUGCCACUUUGGAUGCCUUGAUGUCCUUGAGAGCCUGCUGCCACAUGGAGCCAACCUCAUCACUUUACGGGCUCGGUUGCCCUGGGCCGCUGUUGUUUGCCUCGGACUUCGUUCAAGUCGGCCCCCCACUUCUGCUGAAGACCUUUGCGCAGACGGAGGCGUCCCCAUCCUUGUCUGGUUUGUCCUGCCCCGGGUUCCCGAUGCCAGCUUCGGAUGCCGUGAACCUGGGACUGCCGACGUCCACACGGGCCUUUGUCUGCCCCGGACCUUCGCUGCUUCUCAGCGGCUCGGCCCGGCUGGGUCCGUCUUUGCUGGUGCUGGACCUCGUUCACUUGGGGCCUCCGCCGCUCGCUCGAGGCUUUGCUCGGACAGGGUCCUUGCUUUUGGUCUACGGCAUUGCUUGCUCGGAACCCUUACCGCUUGCCCUUGACCCCGUGACUUUCUCCUCGUCCUUGCUUGUUCGGGGACUUGUGUGCUUGGGCCUGCCAAUGCCAGCAUACGGCAUCAGUCGAUCAGGCUUCCCGCUCUUGGCCGCAGACCUCGUGAACACCGGCAGCCUGCCAUCUCCGCACAGCUCCAGCUGGCCUGGUUCUGUGCUGCUUUUAUAUGGGAUGAUGCGCUUGGGAUCAAUCCUUCCUCUGCCGGACCUUGCACACAUUGGGCCACCGUUUUCACCCAGGAGCUUUGCUUGGCCAGGUUUGACGACUUUGCUGUAUGGUGUAGCGUGGACGGGAUCUUCGACGCUGCUGCCAGACCAUGCCACCUCCGGCUUGUCGCCUUCGAUGCGAAGCUUCUUGCGCACUGGAUUCGUGCUGCUGGCCUAUGGCAUGAGUCGUCCUGAGCUUUUCCUGUCCGUCCUGGACUUUGCUCAUUCGGACAGCUCCGUGCCUUUCCAAGCAUGCAUGCGCAUUGGCCUCAUGCUUUCGGCUUACGGCAUGGCGAGGCUGGGUGUUUUGCUACCCGUCUUGGACCGUGCGCACGUGGACUCACCACUACUUCUCCAAACCCUUCUUCACACUGGACCGAUCACGUUGGCGUCCGGCUUAACUUGGCCAGGCUCGCUCUCGCUCACUUUGGAUUUCAUAAAGGUGGGCAGUGCCACGUUUUUGCAUAUGAGCCCUGCAAGAACGGGCCUCAUCACGUCGGCGUACGGGAUGAGCCGAAUGGAUCCCUUGCUGUCUGCACCUGACUCUGCACACAUCGGCCCAGUGCCGCCUUUGCAUGGGCGUGCUCGGCUUGAGCCGACUCCGCUUGCGUCCGGACUGACUUGGCUUGGACUUCUUACAUCGGCUUUGGACCUCAUUCAUCUGGAGCUCUUGAUGGCCAUUCGUGGUCUCGUUCGUUCAGGUUUGAUGCUCUCUGCUUUCGGCUUGAGCAGGUCAGAGUCUCUAAUGCCCGCCCUGGACCCUAUCCAGGCAGACACCUCGCCUGCACCUCGUACGCUCUGCCGGACGGAGCUUUUGCUGCUUGUGUCUGGGAUUUCUUGCCUUGACUUCUUCCCUUCCGCGAUGGAUUUUGUCUCGAUGGGAUCCGCUUCGGCGUCGCGUGGUCCAGCGCAGCUCGGCCUUCCUGUCCUGACCUACGGAAUUACUUGCCCUGGACUUCUUCCGUUUGUGCCGGACUAUGUGCAUCCUGGCUCCGUGCCAUCCUUUCGUGCGUCUGCUAGGGUCGGGUCAGCCUCGCUUACAUAUGGAGUGGCUUGGCUUGGCUUCCUGCCGGCCGUACCUGACCAUAUGAGCACAGACUCCACUCUUUUGGUGCAAGCUUUUGUGCGACUGGGCUUGGUAUUGUCGACCUACGGCAUGAUGAGGCCCGGACUGUCCUCGUCUGUGUCAGACUUCGUUCACAUCGAUCUUUCCGCCUUGCUCAGGGCCUUUUCAAGGUCGGGUCUCGCCACGUCACUGUACGGCAUGCAACGCUUGGGCCCUUCGGUCUUUGUCUCGGACCACUGCACUUUUGGCUCCGUUUCGCUGUUGCGAGCUCUUAGCCAUUCGGGAGCGGCUCCGUCCGUUUACGGCAUGGCCAGGGCAGGUUCGACGCCUUCGGCCCCUGACUCUGCCUGCACGGGUUCCUUGUCGCCAUUGCGGUCCUUCGUGCGCCCCGGCCCUUCCGUGUCGGCAUACGGCGUCGCUUGCCUGGGCCCGACUGCUCCACUACCAGAUUUCGUUGACGUCGGACCCCUUUCGCUGACUCAAGGUCUUAUGCAAGCUGGCCUUGCAAUGUCGGCCUACGGCAUGUCCUGCCUUGAGAGCCUUUUGUUUGCCUUGGACUUUGUGCACCCUGAGUCUCUUCUUUUGGUGCGUGGCCCCAUUCGUCCGGAGCCUGCAUCGCCUGUCUACGGGUUAACGAGGCUGGGGCUCUUGCUGCCUGCACCGGACUCUACCCACAUGGACUUCAGAUUCCCACUGCUUGUGGUGGAUUUUGUCCAUCUUGGCCCGACGCUUCUGCUGCGUGGCUUCGGUCGACCGGGGCCUGCCGUACCGAUUUCUGGCAUGACAAGGCUUGGCGUUUCCUUGUUGAUGCUAGACUUCGCCAGCAUGGGUCUAAUGUUUCUGAUGCGCAGCAUGUUCCGCACAGGGCCGACGAUGCUUGCGUAUGGCAUGACACGUUCGGAGCUGAUCUUGCCAGCCCUAGACUUUCUCCAUUUGGGCUUCUCGCUGCUGCUUCAAAUGCACUGCCGUUUGGGGUUGAUACUGCCUGCGUAUGGCAUGACGCAGCUCGAGCCACCACCCUCCGUCCCUGACCAUGUGAGUAUUGAUUUGCCCACGUUCCUUCGACACUUUGUUCAGCUGGGAUCCACGGCGCUGACGUAUGGCCUGGCAUGUGUCGAGCUUACCGCAUCGGCCUUGGAUCUCAUGCAUUUUGAGCCAUCGCUGCCAACCCGAGGCCUCCAGAGAACCGGACUAGCAAUGCCUGCAUAUGGAAUGUCCCGUCCCGGCAGCAUGUCAUCAGCGCUUGAUUACAUCCACCUGGAUGCCCCUUUGUCUCUUCAAAGCUUCAUCUGUCUCGAAAGCGCUAUGCCAGUUUAUGGAAUGGGCCGCCUGGGAAUCUCCUUGUUGGUGCCGGACCAUUUUGCCUUGGGCAGCUCGUUGCUUGUACGCACGAUGUCACGACCUGGGUCCACACUCUUCGUAUACGGCUUUGCAUGCUUGGGAUUCCCUUUGCUCGCACUGGAUCUUGUCACGGUUGGCUCAGCAUCCCCUUUGCACGGCUUCGCCCACCUGGAGCCAUCCAUGUUCAUCUAUGGCAUGUGUGUGGUGACCGAGGGCUUCAGGACAAGAGGCUAUGCCGAGUUUUGCAGCUCGUACUUGGUGAGAAGUUUUGCACGCCUGGGCUUUCCUUCGUUUGCAUAUGGGCUAUCGUGGCCCGAUCUUCCGCUGUCAGUGUUGGACUAUGUGCAAACCGAGUCUCCUUUGCCCCUCAGAGGACCUUCGUGCUCGGGAUCUUCUCCUCCCGUCUUCGGAUUGGCUUGCUUGGGGCCGCCACUAUUCAUCUUGGACUUUGUGUGCCUGGAGCCGUCGAUGCUCGUGAGCAGCUUUAUGCAAGCUGACAGGACACCCUUCGCAUCCGACUACGCCAGCAUGCAAAGCUCCCUCUCGCUGAGGGGCUUUGGCAGGCUUGGUUCCUCCAUGCUGGCCUACGGCAUGACAUGCUUCCUGCUUCUGUUGCUUGAUCAUGCAAGCGUGGACUUCCCAUUCCCCCCACAAACUCAUGCAAGACUUGGACCUGCGCCCCUUGCUUAUGGGCUAACGCGGCCCGAUUCACCAUCGCUGACCGUGGACUUUGUUUCUCUUGGCUUCUUGCCUUCUUUGCACGGCUCCUGUUGUACUGACUCGAUGCUACCUGCUUAUGGCAUUACACGUCUCGGCUUCUUGCUACUUACCUUGGACUUCCUGUUGAUAGGGAGCCCGUUGCUGCCGCAGACGCUUGCCUGUCCGGGUUUGCCACCGUUUGCUUGCGGCAUGUCACGUUUGGGCUUUUUGCCAUCACUGCUUGAUCCUUUGCAGACGGGCUCGUCUUCGCCUGCUCGCGGCUUUGCAAGGCCUGGCAGCGCUGCCUUGGUCUACGGCAUCGCAAGGCCUGGACUUCCUCUGCCUGUCCCGGACUCUGUGCAGCUCGGAUCGGCCGUGUCUUUGCGAUGCUGGAUGCAAGCAGACUCCGCUCUGUCCGCCUAUGGCAUGUCGCAGCUCGGACCGACCUCGUUUGCCCCUGAUCUCGUGCAUUCAGGAUCUGCGAUAUCAUCAAGGUACUACCUGCGUCUUGAGCCAAGUUUGCCAGUGUAUGGCAUGUCCCAACUGGACUCCACGUUGUUGGCUUUGGACUACGUGCAUCUGGGGGUUCCUCCAUUGUUGCGAGCGCUCUGCUGCAUUGACUUCACGAUUCCCGUCUAUGGCAUGAGCUGUCCCGAAUUGCUCGUGUUACUGUUGGAUUCCAUUUCGCCGGGUGCAUCAUCGCUUUUGCGAAGCUUCGCCUGCCCGGGUCCUGCGCCGUUGGUGUACGGCUGCGCUUGGCCGGACCUGUCGCUCCCUGCACUGGACUUUGUGCACUCGGAGCCACCACCCUCGCCACGAGCUCAUGCCCGAACGGAAGCGUUGUUGUCGGUGUAUGGAAUGUGCCGGCCGGACUUGCCACUGCCCCCACUUGACUUUAUCCAUUCCGACUUCUCCUCACUGUCACAUGGUUCCAGCUGUUCAGACAGCUUGCUUCUGGUCUUUGGCAUGUCACGGCCAGGCAGCUCACUUCUUGCCCUAGACAUGAUCCACACAGGAAGCUCCUUGCUGCCACGGUCCGUUUCUGCUGGUCUCUGGUGUGACAUGUCCCGAACUGCCCCUUUCUACAUCGGACUCCCUUUGUCAAUCUUGGACUUCAUCCACAUGGGUCCCAUGCUGCUCUUGCAUGGAUCUAUCAGAGCUGGCUUUCUCUUGUUUCUCUAUGGCAUCUCGACUCCCGACCUUUCCGUGCUUGCAUCGGACUCUGUGAACUCGGGAGCUUCGCCGUCCUUGCAAUCGUCCUUGUGCCUCGACUUCCCGAUGUCGGUCUAUGGCCUGGCGCGUCCUGAUUCUUUCUCGCCUGUCUUGGACCUUGUGCACUCAGACUUGAUCCUGCUGAUGCAAAGCCCUGUACGCCUGGGCUUGGCUCUGCUGGUUUGGGGCAUGACCUGCCCUGGCUUUUCGCUUCCUGCCCCUGACUUCCUGCAUUCAGGACCCCUGCCGUUGCUGCGGAGCCUGAUGUGUGUAGAGUUGCCCCUGCUGGUCUACGGCUUCUCCAAGUUGGGCCUUCCAAUGCCGGUGCCGGACUCUGUAGCUGUGGGCUUCCCGUUGUUGCUUCGAAGCCACAUGUGCUCGGACCCUUCGACGCCGGCCUAUGGUGCUGCCAGGUCGGGGCUCACGCCUUUAAUGCCAGACCCUGUUCUGCUGGAAUCGGUGCUUCCCUUGCGAGGAUCCGCGCAAACGGAGCUGUCCCUUUUUGCAUACGGUAUGUCCCUCCUUGACAGCCUACUGCCGGUUUUGGACCACGUGGAUUUAGGCCCACUUCUGCUUCUCCAAGCACCUGCAUGUUUCGACUUCAGCAUGCUCACCUUUGGCUGUGCCAGACUGGACUUAUUCUUGCCGAUGCUUGAUCCCAUGCAGGCUGACAGCUUUCUGCCGCUGCGUAGCCCGGUGCGUUCGGGAUUCUUGAUGUCCGCUUUCGGCGUGGCUUGUUCGGGCUUGCCCCUGUCUGUUUCGGACUCUGUCUCUAUAGAUAGCUUGUUGCCACUGCACAACCACUUUCGCUCCGGCCUUCUAACAUCCGUCUAUGGCAUCAGCAGGCCCGGGGCAAGCUUGCCUGCACCAGAUCACGUGAUGAUGGGCUCGUCGCUGUUGGUGCGAAACCUUUGCCGACUUGGGUCGCUGUUGCCGGCAUAUGGAGUCACUUGCCCUGAUGCACUGACGCCGGUCCUGGAUUCCACACACCUCGGAAGCUGUCCUCCACUCCGUGGUUUCGUCUGCAUGGGUUCUCCGAUGCCUCUCUACGGAGUUGCACAGCUCGACCCGCCUCUCUUAGCGCUUGACCCUGUAAGCCUCGGGCUCAUGCUGCCAUCACAGAUUCACCUGCAUGGGACCCACGUUUUUGAUCUAUGGCCUGACAAGACCUGGGCUCCCAUCACUGGCUUCCUUCCUUCACAGUAUGGCUUGAUGCGUCCGGGCCUGCUCCCGUUCGUGCCUGACUCCGUGACUUCAGACCUUCCUUUGCCGGUGCGGGCGUUUCUUUGCUCGGGCUCCGUGUCGUUGGUUUACGGCAUGAGCUACCUGGACGUGUUGCUUUCCGUGCUGGAUUUCGUGCACACGGAAAGCCUUGUGCCACUACAGAGCCACUGCUGGACUGGCCCGUCGUCGCUCGUCUUUGGCGCGACCUGCUUGGAAAGCACACUGCCAACACUGGACUUUGUGCAGCCAGAUUCACCGUCGUUGGUGCAAAGCUCUGCGCGCACGGGCCCUUCCGUGUUGCUCUACGGUGUGAUGAGGUUGGGCUUCAUGCUGUUUCUGCCCGACUACGCCCUUCUUGGCAGUUCCUUGUCUCUUCGCAGCUAUGCACAAGCAGGUCCGCUGCUUCCAGCUUAUGGGCUGAUGUGGUUGGACUUGCCUCCAUCUUCAUCAGACUCUGCAGACCCAGAAUCCUCGUCACUGUUGCGCUCCUUUAUGCAAUCGGGAUCCAGCAUGCUUGUCUACGGCCUCGGCAGGCUGGACCUGUCCUCAUUGACUCCUGACCCCGUGAACCUGGACAGUUCCUUGCUGCCCAGAGCGCUUGCGCGAACGGAGUUGCCGUCGCCCGCCUACGGAAUGGUCGGCUUAGGCAGCUUGCUGCUUGUGCCGGAUCACCUGAGCCUUGGGGCGCCCCUACCUUUGCGGAGCUACAUCUGCUCGGGAUCUUCGCCACUUGCGUAUGGCAUCAGUCGUCUAGGCUCGAAUCCGGUCGUGAAGGACUGCUUUGUCGGGGCGAGCUCGCUGCCUGUGCGUUCUCACGCUUGUUCGGGCUUCAGUCUUCCUGCUUUCGGCGUGGUGAAUCCGGGCCUCGCACCUCUUGCCUCGGAUCACGUGAAUCCAGAGCUUUCCCUGCUCUUGCGGUCUUUCAUCCGCCUCGAAUCCGCUUCGCCCGUCUACGGUCUAUCUAGGCUAGGCUUCUUGCUGCUUGCGCUGGACUCUUUGCACCCAGACUUCUCCAUGUUGCUGAGAUCACACUGGCGUACGGGUUCCACCAUGCCGCUCUAUGGAACGGCGAAGCCGGGAGCCUUCUUCGCCUGGGCCUGCCUCCUUUUGUCUAUGGCAUGGGCUGAUCGGCCCGACUUUGUUUCUUCGAGGCCUUGCCAGGAUGGAGUUGACUUCGUCCGCUUACGGCAUGUCGAGGUCAGGGCCGCUGCUGCCAACUCUUGCUUCACGUUGCUCUUGAGGUCUUCCGUUUGCCCAGGCCUCCCAACUUCAGUCUACGGCAUGGUCUGCUUGGAGUCGCCAACGCCCGUUGCCGACUUUGUCCAUUUAGGCCCGUCUCCAUCGCCGAGGACAUCUUCUCAGCCUGGGUUGGCGCUCCCUGUCUACGGCCUCGUUCGCCUCGGUCCGAGCCUGUUUGCGCUGGACGCUAUGAGUUUGGGCUCUGCUUUUUCUCCGAGUAGUUCUGUCUGUCCGGGAUUUUCACCGCCAGUGUACGGACUGACAUGCAUGGGCUCCAGCCUUUUGGUGCUGGACUAUGUGCAGUCGGGUCUUCCGAUGCUGCUGCACAGCCACAUUUGCUCGGACCCUUCGUUGCCAGCUUACGGACUGGUGUGCUUGGGCCCCACGCCACCAGUCUUGGACCUUGUGAACAUCGACUUGGCUCUACCGAUCCUGAGUCCUGCUCGCUUGGGAUCCUCCCUGCCGGCUUUCUCCAAGACUCGGCUUGAGAAAUCCCUGCCAGCUCUCGACUUUCUGCACCUCGGCUUGCCAACAUCCCCUCGAAGCCUCAUUAGGACGGGCCCCUUGGCAUCAGCCUACGGUUUGUCCUGUUCGGGGCCUUCACCUCCAGCAUCGCUGGGCUUUCUCAUGCCUGUGCUGGAUCUCACUCUGCUUGGGCCGACCACGCCUCCGCGAUCUCUUGCUCGCUUUGACUCCUCUCUUUCACUCUUCGGUGUGAAUACGCCGGGCCUGCUCAUGUCAGCGUCAGACCAUGUCCAGCUCGGGCCAAGCGCGCUGCUGCAGGGACCUGUGCGAUCUGACCUUCCGUUGCCUGCUUACGGGCUGACACGGCCGGGACUGCCCACGCUCACUCCGGAUGCCAUCACCCUGGGUUUCUCCCUGCCUUUGCAGUCGCCCAUCCAAACUGAGCUUCCGCUGCUGCUCUACGGAAUCGCGAAGCCAGGGCCCUUCUCGCUGGUGCUGGACCUCGUCAGUGCAGGUUCUGCAGCUUUGCCUCGAAGCUUCCUGCGGCCCGACUCCACCCUACCUGCAUCCGGGAUGACGAAGCUGGGCUCCUCGCUUUCAGUCUUGGACUAUGUUGGCUUGGGGCCCUUUCUGUUGCUGAAGGGCCCUCUUCAGCCUGGCUCCAGCUUGUCCGCUUAUGGCUUGGUGGGGCUUGGCUCGCUGCCGCUUGCCUUGGACUUCGUCCACUCAGGCCUGGCCUUGCCCUUGAGAGCUCUUGCUCGACUGGGAUCAUCCGUAUUUGCCUAUGGCAUGUCCCGUUUGGGCUUCCCUCUCCCGGCCCUGGAUUUCUCGCAUUUCGGCUCGACGACGUCCUUGAGAUCCCAUGCGCACUUGGAAGUUACUCUGCCGGUGUACGGAGUGACGAGGCUCGGGCCUCUGCUGCUUUCACUCGACUGCGCAGGUAUCGGCAGCACGACUUCACUGAGAUCCUUCGUUCGCUUGGGCUUCUUCCUUCUAGUCUUCGGCCUGGCGUGCUCAGACUUCAUCCUGUCCGUGCUGGACUCCGUCCAACUUGACAGCACCAUGCCGUUGCACAGCUUCAUUUGCCUGGGCCUGGGGUCACCAGCUUAUGGAUUGACGCGCUUGGACUUCCUUCCGCUGGCUCCUGAUCUCGUUCACCCCGGCUUGUCCAUGUCACCACGAGCCCGUGUUCAAUUAGAGUCGAUGCUUUCAGCCUUUGGCAUGUCGGUGCUCGGGCUAUCAAUGCCAGUGUUGGAUUCCGUCCAGCUGGAUUCGCUGCCUUUGCUGCGCAGCUCUGCUCACAUCGACCUGCUGCUGCUUCUGUAUGGCAUGGGACGACUCGGUUCAUCGAUGCCCGCUUUGGACUUUGUAUUUGUAGGCUUUUUGCCGUUCUUGCAAGGCCACUGCCAACUAGGCUUGUUUACGUCAACCUACGGCUUCAACCGUUUGGACUUGUCGACAUCAACUUCGGACUAUCUGCACUCAGGUUUCUCCCUACUUCCCAGGAGUCUCGUCCGAACAGAACCGUCUUUAUUUGCAUAUGGCAUGCAGAGGCUGAGCCCAAUGCUGUUUGUUCCCGACCAUAUAACCGUGGGGCCCUCACUGUCGCUGCAUAUGCAUGCUAAGGUUGGACCGGCUUCGUCCGUUUAUGGCAUCGUGCGUCCAGACCUGCCCAUGCUGCCCUCGGACUUCGUGCACCUGGGACCAGGACUGCCUGUGCAAGGUCUUGCUCGAGCUGGCUCCCUUCCGCCGGUGUACGGACUGGUCCGUUUGGGAUCUCUCCCGUCUGUGCUCGACUUCGUCCACUUGGGCUCGCCGCCUCCUCUAAGGACCUUUGCACAGAUGGGGCCUUCUAUGCCCCUGUCCGGCUGUGUGCGCUUGGGCUCUAGCCUGCUCUCACCGGACUCUGGCAGCUUUGGUCCGAUCUCGCUCAUUCACAGCUUCGCCAGGCCGGGCUCACCUACGCUUGUGUACGGCGUGACCUGCUUCGGAUCCUCGACGUUUGCGCCGGACUUCAUCCAGUCCGAGCUGCUUAUGUCGCUCCGAGCACUUAUUCGCUUUGGGUUUGCACCUUCGGCGUACGGCCUGACCUGUUUAGGCUCUUCGCCCUUAGUUGCCGACUUCGUCAACACAGACAGCGGACCUUUCACCGCUGGCCUAUGGCAUGACAAGGAUCGGGCCCUCGUCGUCGGCCUCGGACUCCGGGCACAUGGGCCCGGAAGCUCCUUGCCGGUGCCGGAUCUCAUUCAAACUGAGUCCUCGACGCCCUUGAAGGGCCUCGCAUGCCCCGGGAGCACUACUUCAGCCUUCGGCAUGGAGCUUUGCCUGAACCGGGCCAGCACUGCCUCCAUACGGCUGGGACCGAUGACUCUGGCGCUGGAUCACGUGACUGCAGGCCUGCUGCUGUUCUCGCGAACUCCUGCGUGCUCUGAUCUCUCAUUGUUUGUUUGGGGAAUGUCCACGUCGGAACUGUCACCACCUGCGCUUGAUCCUGUAGCGCUCGAUUCCCUACCGCUGCUGAGGGCGCUCUGCCGAUCGGGGUCUGCGACGUUGGCCUAUGGCAUGAUGCGUUUAGGUUCCCUGCCACUGGCAUUGGAUUUUGUUCGCACUGGACCGAGCCUUCCCUCGAGGACGUCUGCCUGCAUUGACUCCGCGCCUUUCGCAUACGGCCUGACCUGGCCUGGCCCGCCCUUGCCGGUGCCGGACCCUGCGAAUCCGGAGUCCUCGUCGUCGAUGCAAUCCUUCGUGAGGACGGGACUAGUCCUUUUGGCUUAUGGCUUAUCGCAGCUGGGCCUCAUCUUGCUGGUCUUAGACUUCGUCCAUUCGGACAGUAGCUUGUCACUGCAGGGCUUCUUCUGUACAGGCUCGCUGAUGCCAGCCUAUGGUAUGUCUUGCAUGGGUUUUUGUACGCCUGUGUCAGACUGCGUUCACCCCGGCCCGCCCAUGCCGCCACACUACCACGCACGCUUAGGCUCCACACUUCCGGCCUUUGGAAUGGCUCGCUUGGGAUCUCUGAUGUUCAUCUUGGAUCCUACAAACUUCGGAAGCUCUCUACCGGCUAGGAGCCAUUUCUACGUGGAGGUCUCCCUUUUUGCCUAUGGCAUGUCCCGGCUGGGCCUUCCCUCGUUUGUUUUGGACUCCAUCCGACUCGAGAGCUUUUUGCCUCUGCAGGGCCUCUGCCGGCCUGGCGCGCUUUUUUUGGCCUCUGGCAUGACUUGCCUGGGGCCUCCGAUGCCGACUUCGGACCUCUUGCGUUCGGGCUUCCCUAUUCUCUUGAGAUCCAUGCUCUGCACAGGCUUCGGGCUGUUGGUCUCCGGAAUGGCACGUCCGGGCUCUUCGUCGCUUGUUCUUGACUUCAUUCAUCCGGGCUUUUCGACCUCAUUGAAGGCUUCUGCUCGGCUCGGAUCCCUUCUGUCUGCAGCCGGCCUGGCACGGUCGGGCCUGUCUCUGUUAACUUUGGACCUCGUUCAUUUGGGCUCGUUUUUGCUUCUCAGAGGCCAUGCCCGAAUUGGCUUUGUUCUGCCGGCAUACGGCAUGACUAGGCUCGACCCGCUGAUGCCGACUUCAGAUAUGUGUCACCUUGGGUUGUCCUUGCUGCCCCGAUCACUCAUCCGGCUUGACUUUGCUAUGCCAGUCUAUGGCAUGGUUUGCAUGGGCCUCUCCUCGCCAGUCCUGGAUUCUGUGCAUCCAGGUUUCAGCUUGUCGCUUCGGCAUUCUGCAUACUCCGGCCUGCCUCCUUCAGUGUACGGCUUCAUGCAAACAGGGCUUCCGCUUUUGACACUGGACCAUCUGUCGGUCGGCAGUUUCUUGCCCCUGAGAGGGUACAGCCAACUGGGAUUCACGACCCUGGCUUAUGGCAUGAGUCAGAUAGGGUCACCGUCGUUGAUAUUGGACUUUGCAACUUUUGAAAGCGCACUGUCUUCAAGGAGUUUCAUGUGCAUGGACGCAUCCUUGCCCGUAUACGGGCUUUCGCGAUCGGGCUUGAUGUUGUCAGCCUUGGAUCCCGCUCAGCUCGGCCCCGCUCCAUCCAUUCGUAGUCUUGCGCAGUCGGAGCUGUCCCCAUUGGCGUCCGGCCUGGCCAGGUCAGGAAGUUUUCUGCCUGUCUUGGACCUCAUCAGCUCGGGCCCUUUGAUGCUUGUGCAAGGAAGCAUGUUUUCGGUGCCAGAUUACACGAAUUUCGGAAGCGCACUGCCGAUUCGGACAACAGUUCACCCGGGUCCAUUCUUGCCAGCCUAUGGUAUCUGCAAGCUCGGUUUGACGUUGCCCGUUAUGGACUUUGUUCAACCAGACUUGACCAUGCUUUCACGGAACUUUGCGCGGUUUGGCCCAUCCUUGCCUACUUUUGGAUUGAUGAGGCUUGGGCCUAUGCUGCUUGCCCUUGACCUUGGUAGUGUUGGUGCCCUGUUGUCCAUUCAAACCUUUGUGAGGACGGGUUCGGUGUCGUUGGCCUACGGCACGUGUUGUACGGACCCGAGCCUCUUUCUGCUGGACCCUGCAAGCCUGGACCCCACGCCUUCCUUGCAGGGCCUCGCUUGCUGUGAGUCGUUCCUGCUGCCAUAUGGCAUGUCAUGCCCGGGCCUGUCUCUGCCGAUCCUGGAUUCCAUUCACACAGACAGCGCGUCAUCCUUGCAUGGACAUGUCCGCUUGGACUUCUUGCUGCCCGCAUUCGGAAUGACCCGGUUAGGAUUCAGUUUGUCCGCAUCAGAUUCCGCACAGAUGGGUCCACCUCUGUUCCCUCGUGGGCACUUGCGCAUGGAGCUUUCACCUUCUGCCUACGGAUUCCUUUUGCCACUGCCCGACUUCAUCACACCUGGGUCGAUGCUGUUGCUGCGGGCAUACGCUCGGCUCGGAUCCUCUUUGCUUGCAUACGGGAUGGCGCAGCCAGAUUCCUCUUUGUCAGUGCUGGACCUCUGUCAGACUGAGCCGCCUCUUUCAGUGCAAAUGUUUGUGCGCCCUGGUUUCUUCACGUCCACCUCCGGCAUCGCCAGGUCGGAAUCGCUGCUGCCCGUGCUUGACAUGAUGUCUAUUGGACCACUCCUGCCCUUGCAGGCAUCCAGCCGAACGGAACUGUCCCUCCCUGUGUACGGAAUGUGCCGAUCAGACCUCUUUCCUUCCGCACUGGACUUCGUGAAAAUCGAGCUGCCGCUGCUGCUCCAAAGCUAUGCCUGCACUGGCUCCUUACUGUUGGUUUAUGGUCUGGCCUGCUCAGGUUCCUCACCGCCUGUUCUGGACCUUGUUGGGCUUGACCUGCUACCUUCACUUAGGACGUCCUUCAAGCUUGGCUUGGCUUUGCCUGCAUAUGGCCUGUCACGUCCAGGCUCCUUGUCUCCGGUGCUUGACCCCAUACACCUAGACUUGAGCAUGUCGCUGCAGGGCCCUUUCUGCACUGGUCCUGUGCUGCUCACAUAUGGACUGGCACGGCUGGGCCUUCCCCCUUUAAUUCCAGACUCCAUGCACGCCGAGUUGCUGCUGCCAGUGCGGGGCUUCGUCAGGUCGGGCCCAUCGCUGCUUGCUUAUGGGAUGUGUCGUCCUGGCUUUGCCACGUCAAUCUCAGACUGCGUUCGGCCGGGAUUGCUGAUGCUUCCCCAGUCUUUCGCAUGCUUUGGCCUCCUGCUGUUGGCCUUCGGUGUAAGCAAGUUGGAAGCACUGUUGUCCUCGCCUGACCACAUACAACCAGAGCUGAGUAUUUCUCUGCGGGGCUACUGCCAAAUAGGUUUCCUCACGUUUGCUUACGGUGUGUGCAAGCUCGGCUCCCCAAUUCUGGUCACGGACUCCUUGCAGCCAGGGCUCUUGCCACCUGCCCGCGGCCUGCUUCGACCAGAACUGUCAUACCUGCAAACCGGUCCGAUUUUGCCAGCCUUUGGCAUGUCACGUUUAGAGCUGACCUCGCUGAUGGGCUCCCUGCUGUCGCUGCGAAAUUUCGUUCGACCCGAGCCUAUGCUGUCAGUCUUCGGCAUGGCAUGCUUGGAGCUCUCGCUUCCUGCAUCAGACUUCAGCGAGUUUGGCAGCCCCUUGUCUGUGCAGUCGCCCUUGCAAGUUGGCCUGAUGCCUCUGACCUCCGGAUUUAUGCUUCCAUUGCGUGGGUUCGUGCGCACGGAAUCGGCGCCCUUCGCCUUCGGAAUGACGUGCCUUGGCAGCUCCAUGCUGCUGCCUGACCUUCUGCAUCUGGGCUUCUUAACUUCUUUGCGCAGCUCCGUACAAGCCGAGCUCUCUUCAUCUCUGUUCGGCAUGGUGUGCUCAGACUUGGUGCCUUCGAUUCUGGACCCGGCGCACCCGGGCUUGUCUUUGCUCCUGCAAACGCCUGCACAGCUUGGCCUCAGCUUGUUUGCAUAUGGCAUCUUCCGACCUGGUUUUACCAUGCCCGCACUGGAUUCCCUUCACCUGGGCUUGGCGUCUCUUCUAAGAGCCCAUGCUAGAUCAGGAUCGUUGCUGUCCGCUUAUGGAAUGGCCAGGACGGGCUCUCUACCGUUGGCUGUCGACUUCGCCAACCUCGGAUCGGCCUCGCUACCGAGAUCCUUCUUUCGAUUGGGCUUCCCCACGUUCGCUUACGGCCUGACGAGGCCCGGACCUCCCACGCCCACACCUGACAUGACGGCAUCAGGCCCAAGCUUGUCCUUGCAGUCCCUCCUUUGUCUCGAUCUCUUGCUGCCUGCCUACGGCUUGACCUGCAUGGGCCUGCCUUUGCUGGUGCUGGAUUCCGUUCACCUUGGCCUCGUGCUUUUGGCCAGGGGUUUCGCGUGCUCCGGGCCGGCCCUUCCAACCUUCGGCAUCACUCGCCUGGGCUUGUCCUUGCUGGCGCCAGAUGUCACGAGUUUGGGGAGCUCCACGUCUUUGCAGGGCUUUCUGUGCCUGGGUUUCGUGCUGCUUCUCUACGGACUUAGCCGACCCGAGCUUCCACUCUCGGUUCCAGACUAUGCGGUUGUUGGCUUCUCACUUUCGCCCCGCUCCUUUAUUUGCUGUGGCUUGUCUUCGCCAGCUUUCGGGAUGGCCUGGUCGGGUUUCUUGCCGUCGGUGCCGGAUCCCGUGCAGUUGGAGCUCGCGUCACCGGUCCGAACGUCUUUGAGGCUCGGCCUGUUCAUGUUCGCCUAUGGCUUCGCAUGUGCGGGCCUUUCUCUGUCAGCCCUGGAUCCUGUCUCAGCAGGUCCUAUCCCGCCAACCCAAAGCCUUGUGAGACUGGACCCAUCGCUGUUAGCGUCCGGCAUGUCAAAGCUCGAUUCCCCUCUUCCAACAUUGGAUCCUGUUCACCUUGGAGCAUUGCUGUUUGUGCAAACCUAUGCACACCCAGAAGUACCCCUGCCUGUGUAUGGCUUGACCCGAUUGGAGCUGACUCUUUUGGUGCCAGACUCCAUCCACACUGACUUGCCGCUGCCGCUUCAUAGCAUGAUCUGCCUGGGCAGCCCGCCCUUCGUGUACGGCAUUGCUUGUCUCGGCCCGCUUCUGCUUGCUUUGGACUUUGUGGGAGCCGGCCUGUCUCCACCCUCACGCAGCUCCUGUCAACCGGACUUGACUCCUUCUAUCUACGGCCUCUCGACACUUGGCCUGCCAACACCCGUUCCAGACCUCCUGUGUUCAGAAUUUGUGCUGCCUGCCCGUGGCUUCUUACGGGCGGAGCCAUCGAUGCCGGCAUAUGGGAUGAGCGCAUCAGGAUUGUCACUGCCCGUCCUUGACUUCGUGAGCGCAGAGUCAUCCCUUCCUUUGCAGACUUAUGUGCAUAUGGAGCUGUCGUUGUUUGUUUAUGGGCUGAAUCGCUUGGACUUGUCCUUGUUGCUCUCGGACUCUGCGCAUCUCGGCCUUUCACCGCCCAUUCGCGGACUUGCCUGCUUGGGUUUCCUCCCGUUUACGUACGGCCUGACGCGCCCUGACUCGUUGCUGUUGGUGUUGGACAUGGCGCAUUUUGAGCUGCCGACGCCAACUCGGGCUUUCGCCUGCCUGGACUCCUUAAUGCCCGCCUUCGGCAUCGCGCGGUUGGGCUCGAGCUUGCCUGCGCUGGAUUCUGUCUGCCUGGACAGCACGCCCUCUUCGCGAUCGUCUGUCUGGAUUGGGUCUGUGCUGUUUGCAUAUGGGCUUACGUGGCCAGGUCCUUUCGCACCGAUCUUGGAUCAUGUGCAGAUGGGGCUCCUCAUGCCUUUGCAGGCCUCUGCCCGGACCGGCCUUAUUCCUUCUACCUUUGGCGUUUCCAGACCGGCAAGUUCGCCACCUGCGCUCGACCUUUGCAACUCUGGCUCAAUGACGUUGCUGCACAGCCUCGCAAGGGCGGGCCUGCCGCUUUUGGCGUAUGGCCUAUGUCGGGUAGAUUUCCUGUCGCUCGUGCUUGACUUUGCCCAUCCAGACCCAUCGCUGCCACCGAAGUCGAUGUCUUACUUGGAGCCGACGCUUCCGGUUUAUGGCCUAACAUGCUUGGGCUCACCUCUGCUUUUGCUGGACCAUGCCCACCUUGGAAGUGCGACGCUCCUGCGCGGCCACACACGUUUGGGGCCGAGCUUGCUGGCCUAUGGAGUUGUGCGCAUGGAGCUGUCUCUGCUUGCAUCGGACCCCAUCAAUCCUGAGUCGCCUAUUUUCUCGCCAGUGCUGGACUCCGUCCACACCGAUCCGUCGUUGCCCUUGCAAUCUCCCGCACAGCUUGGAGCAUCGCUGCUCACCUCUGGCUUGGUCUGCCUUGAGGUGUCGCUGCCGACGUCAGAUUUCGCGCAGUGUGGGCCGCUGAUGUUUCUGAGGAGCCUUUUGCGAUUGGGUCCGGUGAUGCUUGCUUUCGGCUUCUCCACCCUGGACUCGACCCUUCUGGUGCUGGAUUUCGUGUCCACUGGCCUGACCACGCCGCUGCAGUCGCCCAUGCGGCUUGGUCCAUCGUUGCUCGUCUACGGCUUGUCCUGCACAGGCUCCAGCCUGCCUGUGUCGGAUCUCGUUAACCCUGGCCUUCUAACGUUUGUGAGGGCUUCCUGCUGCUUUGGCUCCUCGCUCCUGGCGUAUGGUCUGUUGCGGCCUGGGCCUUCGCCCUUGACCUUGGACAUGUCGUGCCCAGACCUUCUGUUGUCCUUGCGCAGCCUCGCACGCAUGGGGCUUGCCUUGCCAGCCUACGGCGUUUCUCGCCCGGACCUGUCGUUGCUUGCACCUGAUCCAAUCGUCUCCGGCUCGCCUUCACUGCUGCAGGCGCCCAUGUGUCCGGGCCCGACGACCUUCGCGUCUGGCUUGUCGAGGUCGGGAUUUUUGCCUUCUGCCUCAGACCGUGCUUGCACAGGGCCUCCACUGCUUUCGCGCGGCUUCUUUCGCCUGGGGCCUUCGACGCCGACUUAUGGCACGGCCUGGCUGGACUCCCCAACGUCGACUCUGGACCUCGUAAACAUCGGCUUCGUUCUUUUGAUGCGAGCCUUUGUCCACUUGGAUGCAAGCUUAUCGGUGUACGGACUUUCAAGUCCGGGAUUUCUGCUGCUAGUGUCAGACUUCGUCAACCCCGGUAGCGCCUUGCCCUUGCAAUCACUGGCUCGUUGUGGCCCCUCUACCUCAGCCUAUGGCUUGGCCCGGCUUGACUUCUUGGUUCCAACGUCGGACUCCAUGAGCGUGGAAGCGCCGAUGUUUCCGCGCACUUCUGCUCGUUUAGACUCUGCGCUCUUGGCGUAUGGGUUGGUCUGUUUAGAAAGCUUGCUGCUCGUUACCGACUCCCUUCAGGUCGGGUCUUCCUUGCUGUUGAAGACGCUUGCACGGUCAGGCUUGGUGCUUUCGGCAUAUGGCCUGGUCCGGCCGGGCCUGUCUUUGCCGAUGCUGGAUUUUGCCACCUUAGGUUCAUCGCUGCUUGUGCAAACCUUCUGCUGCCUUGGGUUUGUGAUUCCCACGUAUGGUGUCAGCUGCUCGGGAUUGCCAUCGCCGGCUUCAGACUCUGUGCAUACAGACAGCGUGCUGCCGGUGCGAAGCUUCGCUUGCUCUGGCCUCGCUCUUCUGGCUUUUGGAGUGACUCGAUCAGCAUCCUCUUCACUGGCCUCGGACUUCAUGCACUCGGGUUUUCCCUCUCCGCGCUUGACCUCAUCCAUGCUGGCCUUCUCCCGCUUGUUCGUGUCUUCACGCGACCUGAACUCGAUCGAUCUGUUCUCGUCCGCCUACGGCACAGCACGGCUCGGACUGCUGCCGCCGGUGCCGGACCUCGUGCAUUUAGAACUCUCCAUGCUUUUGCACAGCUCUGCACACACGGGCCUCCCCUUGCCAGUUUAUGGCUUGGCCUGUCUUGAACUGCCGUCAUCGGCCCUGGAUUUCAUCCACUCGGGUAGCUCACCAUUUCUCCGGACAUUUUCUCGCCUCGGUGUCUUGGCGCCCGUCUACGGCAUGGUAUGCUUGGGCUCGACGACGCCUCUGCCCGACCUUGCAACGACAGGGUCAGCCUUGCUGGUCAGACAUAUGGUUCGCUCCGGCAGUCUUCUAUCAGCCUUCGGCAUGCUCCGCUUUGGGCCACCAUCCUCGGUUCCAGACAGUGAGACCAUUGGAUCCCCACCAUCCAUGCGAAGCUUUGCAAGACCGGAGCCGCCUCUGCCAGCACUCGGCACGGCCUGCUCCGAUGUGCCGUUGCUCGUUCUUGAUUCUUCGGACUCCGGUUGCUUUGGCUCGUCACUGUCUGCCUCCGACCACUUGCAGAUUGGAUCGGCUGUUUUGACUUUCUGCCUUCGACUUUGGACUUCCUGCAACCAGCACCGCUGCAGUCACUUCGAAGCUUUGCGCGGGGUGGACUACCGUUUCUUGCCUUUGGAAGCAUUCGCCUUGGCUUGCCAUCUUUGCUACUUGAUGGGCAGCAGACAGGCUCCUCUGCUCUCUUGCAAAGCCUUGCGCGACCUGGCAGUUCGAUUCCAUCAUCUGGCUCUUGCCAGGCUUGACAUCGUUCUGUCUGUGUUCGGCCUGUCGCGAUUUGACUCUCCGGUUCCUGUGCCCGACUUCAGUCACUCUGGAAGCACGAUGCCGGUCAGGAGUGUUGGCCGACCUGGCUUCGUUUCACCGGUGUUCGGACUGGCGUGCUAUGGUUUCUCGGCCUUGGCAUCCGACCGUACGCACAUGGAGCUUCCUCUGUCGGUUCGCAGCACGGGACGUCCAGAGCCAACUUUGAUGGCCUUCGGAAUCGGUUGGCCCGACCUGUUUGUUUUGGUCUUGGAUGUGGCUGAAAUGGGGUUUGCGCUGCUUUUGCGCAGCUGUGGGUGUCCCGGUCUUGCACACACGGACCUGUCCUCGCCUCCCUACGGCAUGGUGUGUCCGGGAGCUAGCCUGCUGGCCUUGGAUUCUAUCAGCGGUGGCCUGGCACCGUUUUUGCACAGCUUCGCUCUUCUCGGCUCGUCCUUUCUAGCUUCCGGCAUGACUCGAUCUGGACUCCCCACGUUACUUUUUGACUACUUGACGCCUGGUCCGCUGCUGCUCCCACAAGGAUUUGGGCAAACGGGCGCCUUUAUGUUGGCAUGGAGCUGUGCAAGGUCCGAAUCACUGGCGCUGUUGUCCGACUACUUGCGAUCGGGCCUGCCCACGUCCCCCAGAAAUCACAUCCGAUGUGGCAGUGUGAUGUUAAUGUCUGGCAUGGCAAGAACGGAGGCGACAAUGUUCGCAUCGGAUUGUGAGCAUGCAGACUCCCCCAUGCCUUUCCGCAGCCACGGACAAACUGGUUUCGCCUCGUUGGCCUCAGGUCGUCUCAGCUUCGGGUCGUGCCUCCCUGUUUUGGAUAUGGCAACCCCUGAUUCCUCGCCACUGCUGCAAUCUUCGGCAUGCCUAGAGCCAGUGCUGCUAAUCAUGGACUUUGUAGCUCCAGGACCCUUGCCUUUGCUGCGAAAUCUCGCAAGGCCAGGCUCUGCGCUGUCCGUGGUGGGUGUGGUGCGUUUUGGCCCACCGGCCUUCGUUUCGGACUACGUGCUCGUUGGCUUGAGCGUGCCCUUGCGCGACCUCGGCCGCUUGGAAGCUUCCCUUCCCAUCUUCAGCGCUGUCAAGGCCGAACCGCUGCUGCUUUUGUUGGACUUUAGCCAUUCCGGGCCGAUGUCUCCGGCUAGGAGUUUUGGACGCAUGGGCAUUGCCUCGCUCACCUCCGGAAUGGCCUGCUUUGGAUCUUCCCUGCCGGCCUCUGACCUGGUCCACGGAGGCCCAUCGCUGCCAUUGCGAAGCCUCGUAAGACUUGACUCGGCCUCUUCCACUUUUGGUGUGACGCACCUUGGGGUUCUUAUGCCGACCUCUGACCACACCGAGCCGGGGUCAGGCUCAACAACAUCCACUUCCGGCGCCACGUGCUUUGAGACACCGGUGCUGGUUACGGACUCCACUUCGCUGGGGCUGACAUCCCCGGUGCAAAGUGUCGCUCUCAUGGAGAGCUCACCUCCUGCGUUUGGCAUUGCAUGCUCCGGGCUCUUGGCAUCUUCGCUUGAUUACCUGAAUCCCGAGCCGACAAUGUCAGUGCACAGUGUGGGCUGGUUUGGUUUCACCGUGCCAGCAAUGAGCAGGGUCAGCUUGGGUUCCCCUCUCUUCGUGCUUGACUUCGCGUAUUUUGGCAGCCUUAUGUUGGUGAGGUCUUGCUGCCGGUUUGGCCCGGCUUCUUCAGCCGCAAGCUGUGGUCGCUCUGACUUCCCUCUGCCUGUGCUUGACCUUCUGCACCUCGGCGCCUUCUUGCUACUGCGAUCUGCGGGGCAUCCAGGAUCCACGCUGCCGGCCAUGUCUGCGGUGCGCUUCGGCUUGACGUCAAGCUUGCUGGAUGCUUUCAGCGCAGAGCCCUCGCCAACUACUCGAUCCUCUGGACGUCCUGACUUUGCCUCAACCGUUAUGGGCGUGGCACGUGCUGGGCUGUUGCCUUUGGCUCUGGAUUUCGUGCAGCUCGAGUUGCCUUUGCUUUUGCAGUCCCUUGGCUGGCCAGGACCUGCUCUGCUUGUCUCGGAUCUUUUGCAUUUGGGCCUCUUCUCGUUCUUGAGGGACCGCGCUCGCAUGGGUCCCGUGGUGGCAGCUCUCGGCAUGACCCGCGUGGCCUCGUUGAUGCCGCCUUCGGACCUCGCCAUCACCGGCCUCCCUCCGCUUGCACGAAGCACGGCACGGCCCGGUUUGGCCCCGUCCGUGUUGGACUUCUUGGUCCCGGGCUCUUCUUCGCUGGCCCGGAGCUUUGCCAGGUCAGAGCUGCCCUUCUCUGCCUUCAGCGGCACACGCUGCGGAUCUUCCGCUUCGGCCUCGGACUCCACUGCUUUGGGCUUCUCCCCGCCACAGCGGAGUCGCGCACGUCCGGGCCUUGCUAUGCUCCUGUUCGGCUGCGCCCGUGCUGGCCUUUCAGCGUCCGUGCUUGAUCCCCUGCAUUCGGACCCGUCAGUGCUGCUGCGGUCCUUUGCGCAAUCAGGUCUGGGCUUCUCAGUGUUCAGCCGGGUUAGCCUGGAUGCUUCGCUGUUUGCUCUGGAUUUCGUGGACCUUGAUCCGCCUCUGCCACUGCACAGCCCUGCAUGUGCCGGAUUCCCUGCCUCUGUCCUUGACUUCUUGCAGAUGGGGCCCUUCACGUUCAUUCGAAGUCUCAGUUGCCUGGGCCUCGCCGCGUUCGUGUUGGACUCCUUGCAUCUCGGGCCGCCGCCUUUUGCCCGUCGCCUCGCGAGGUCUGGUUCGACGGCUUUGCCCCAAAGCCUCGCACGAACAGACUCGGCCUUUCCUGUUUUUGCUCCGAUCCGGAUGGGCCUUUCACCCUUUGUUCCUGACCACACUCACCUGGGCCCUGUCCCGUCAACCCGCAGUCCUAGCCACUUGGGCCCUCCAACUUCAGUGCCGGAUUCCCUGCGUUUGGGCAGUGCCAUGCUGCUGCGAUCCCUCGGCCGCACGGGCCUCGUCUUGUCUCUUUCUGGCCUCGGCUGCGCCGGCUUGCUGUUGCUCGUGUUGGAUCUUGUCGAUGUAGGACCGGCCCUGCUGGUGAAGAGCGUGGCCAGAUCGGAUGCCCCGAUUUCGACCUUCAGCAGGACCAGCAUGGAAUUGCGGUUGUCUAUUCCGGACUCCACCAGUUUGGGGCUGGUGAUUUCUACUUGUGACUACCUCCUACUGGGGUCUCCUCUGUCCCUCCGGAGCCUGGCACACUUUGGUCUCAUCGUGCCAAUUUCGGAUUUGCUGCAGCUGGGCCCAUCAACGUUGCUGCAGUCCUAUGCUCGCCUCGAUUUGGCUUCGUCGGCCUCUGGCAAGACGUGGCCGGGCUUGCUGUCAUCGGUGCCUGACUGCAUUGAGACAGGCCCUUUGAUGUCCAUCCGUAGCUUUGCAUGCUUGGGAGUCUCCCCAUCUGUCCUGGAGUCUGUUAGGUCCGAUCCCUCUCCGUCCUUGAGAGGCUAUGCUCGCUGUGGCUCGACUGUUCCAGCUUCUGACGCGGCGCGCUCCGACCCGAUCCCACUCAUCCUCGACUCCGCGCAACUGGACAUAUUACCACUGCUCCGAAGUACAGGAUGCUUGGGCUUUGCGGUGCUGACUACGGGGAUGAGCUGCUUGGGCUUAGCGUUGCUUGCGUCAGAUCUCACCACGCUAGGGUUCUCGAUGUUUGCACAAAGCUUUGUGCAGCUGGGUUCUGCUACGUUAGUCCUGGACUUUGUUCGACCGGAAUCGUCCCCAUCAGCUCGUGGGCAUACUCGCCUCGGUUUGGUUACGUCGCCGUUUAGCAGAUCCAAUGUGGAACUGAUCUUGCCCGCCUCGGAUGUCUCCGAAUUUGACUCCACCUUUCCAGCACGCAGCGCGGCACGUGCUGGCUUCGCCUUGUCUUUGUCCGGUUGCGCACGGUUCGGGCCCUUUGCUUCAGUUCCAGACCAUGUGACGACCGGACCACCGGUCUCGGUUCGAAGCUUUGCAAGGUCAGGCCUCGCGAUGCUUCCCCUUGACCUUUUCCGCCUCGACCACAUUGAGUUGGACUCUCCUCUGUUGGCAAGAUCCUGCGUUUGGCUUGGCCUACUUCCUCCUACACCGGAUUCUGCAUAUCUUGGCUUGACGCUGUCUCUGAAGGGCACGUCGUGCCUGGGCUCUGCUCUUCUGGCAUUUAGCAGAGCUCGAUUGGGACUUUCUGCGCUGGCUCCGGACUUUCUUCGUUCAGAGUCGAUCAUGUCUCUGCAAAGCCUCGGUCGCUUCGGCCCUGGAGUCCCAGUCUUCAAGGCCGCAUCGCCAGGGCCAACGCUCUUUGUCUCUGACUGCACCGAGCUGGAGUCGGCGGUGCCAUCGCAGUCCUUUGCUCGCCUUGGCUCCGCUUUCCUUCUCUUUGGAGCCAUGACACCGGGCUCGGUGCCUCUGACUCCAGAUGUUACGGAACUAGGCAGCACGCCACCUCUCCGCUCAUGUGCACGUCCCGGCCUCGCGCUGUCCCUCUUCAGCUGCACUCGCUCUGAGUUCUCGGCCUCAGUCUCCGACCUUCUGCAUCUUGGGUCUCUGCUUUCGCCUCGUUCCCCGGGUCGCAUGGGGCUUCCGGUCUCGAUGUUUGGCGCCGCCUGCUUGGAGUCGGCUGCGCUGACUCCUGACACGACCCUCCUUGAAUCUGCCACGUUGCUCCGAUCUACUGCUCAUCUGGGCUUCCUGCCUCUUGCUUCUGACAGAGUGAAGUUCGGUUCCCUUCUGCCCGCACUGGACCUUGCAGAACUCGGCUCUGCUGCGUUUCUUCGAGGCCGCGGUCACAUGGGCUCGGGACCUUUGGCCUUCGCCUUCGCGCGCUCGGGCUCGAUCUCGUCGGCGUCAGACGUGGCGGAGCUGGGUUCGGUUCCGUCGGUUCGAGGCUCCCAGAGGCUGGAAACUUCGAUGCCGACUUCCAGCUGCAGUCGGUUGGAGCUUUUCGCGUCGACCUCGGACUUGGCUCAUCUCGGCUCCAUUUCGUCCGCACGCGCCAUGGCGCGCCUGGGGCUCGCUUUCUCGGUGUCUGGCGUGGCUGCCUCUGGCUUUUUCAUAUCAGCACCGGACCUCCUGGAGCCGGGCUCGCCUCUGCCCGUUCGAAGCCUCGGGCGAACGGAGCCGGCAGUAUCCACUUCUGGCUUCUGCAGAGCGGGUUUCUUCACAUCUGCGUUUGACAGUGCUCACCCUGGAUCGAUCCCGCCGUCGCAAAGCUACGCCAGCUUAGGGCUUCUGACGCCUGUCUUCGGCCUCUCCAGACCGGGCUUCUUGACGGUCGUCUCUGACACGAGCUUCUUUGGGUCGACUCCAUCGCCGCGCAGCGCUGCUCAGCCUGGCAGUACCAUGCCGGCAUUCAGCUUCGCAAGCUUUGGAUCUCUCCUUUUGGUUUUGGACUGUGCAGAGAUGGGCUUUGGCUUACCGGCAAGGAGCAUGGUACAGCCUGGGCCUGCAUUUCUGGCCUUCCGCUCCGUGACCUUUGGCUUUCUCAUGUCGAUCCUGGACUCCACGCACUCUGGCUCCACCUUCCCUGUCCGAAGCUUUGGGCUUCUGGGCUUCGGUCUGCUUUUGUGUAGCAACGCCUGCUCUGAAGCUCCGCCUUCCGCUUUGGAUUUCACGAAUCCUGGCCCAUUCUCGCUGGUUCGGAGCGUGGCACGUCCUGACUCCGCGGCGUCGACCUGCGCAAGUGUUCGCCUGGGACUUGCAAUGCCGAUCCUCGACUUCAUGCAGUUGGUCUCGUGCGUGUUUUGGUUCAUCCUUCUCUGCAUCCAGCGCCAGUCGAUCAGCUCUGCAGUGGCGACGUCUGGGGUUUCGUGCAUGGGCUUUUCGCCAUCGGUGCCGGACGCCACUUCUCUGGGCCUCUUGCUGCCUGCGAGAAGCGUCGCCCAACCGGAAGUCUCCGUCUUCUUGUUUGGGCAGGCGCGCCUUGGGCCGAUGGCUUCGAUAUCUGAUUCUGCUCAGGUCGGCUUCUCUCCCUUGGUGCGCUCCCCCGGAUUGCUUGGAGCGUCCUUGUCGGCCUCUUCUGCAGUGAGACCCGAGCUCUUCUUGCCGGUUUUGGAUCACGCGAAUUUGGGCCCAGCGCUCUUUUUGCACAGCAUGGCCCGGCCCGGGCCGUUGCUCUUGGCCUCGGAUUUUGUGAAGCUUGAGUUGCCUCUGCUUCCGAGGAGCACGGCUCGGCCGGGCCUGGGCUUCGCAGUUUUCUCGAUGUCGCGCCUGGAGCCGAUCCUUUUUGCCUCUGACAUGACUGCUCCGGGCAGCACGCUCCCUGUGAGGGCCGCUGCGAGGCUUGGGCCAACGUUCUCGGCUUUCGGCUGGGCACGGACGGGCUCCAACUUGGCCGUUCAGGCCUUUGCCAAGCUCGGCAGCACCUUGCCGGUUGUCGGUCGGACACACUCCGGCAUGUCGCCCUCAGUUCUGGACUUCGCGCAUCUCGGGUCGGCGCCGUUUCCCAGAUCCUUCGCGCGAUGUGAUUUUGCGUUGUCCGCUUUGGACUUGCUUGCAACAGGUUCGCCGUUGCUGGUCAGAACCUCUACCCAGCUGGGUCCAUCGUUUUCGGCCUUCAGCCGGGUUGCUUUGGGAUCCCCGACCUCGGCUUCGGACUUUUUGCACACGGACUUCACAGUGCCAUCAAGGAGCUGCGGUCGUCCAGGUUCUGCUGCGCUGACGUGGGGUCGUGCAAGAUCCGGGCUGCUGGUUUCGGCCUUUGACUUCCUGCAGCUGGGCUUCUCCGCCUCCUUGCAGUCCAUGGGCAGGAUGGGAUCCUUCCUGUUUGUUUUGUCCAGGGUUCACUCCGGCUUCCUGCUGCUCGUCACGGAUUCUGUUGUUCCGGAUAGCUCGCUUUCGCUGCAGUCCCUCUCCUGGUCAGGCUUUACAGCUUCUGCGUCGGACUUUGCCAGGUUUGACCCCACCUUGUUGAUCCGAAGCAUGGGCUGCCUUGGCUUCACGCUUCCGGUGUUUGGCAAGGCCCGGUCUGGCCCAUUCAUGUCCAUUUUGGAUUUCUUGCAUCUUGAAGCGGCUGUAUCUUCCCAAGGGCAUACUCGUUUCGGGCUUGCUCCGUCAGUCUCCCGAGCCACACGACUGGGUUUCUUGUCGCUGACACCGGACUGCGCAACUCCGGAAGCUGUCCUGGCAUCACGAUCUUUCGCUCGACUUGGUCUUGUCCUGCUCCUGAUAACUACGGCCAGGUUUGACUCUUCGCCUUCGGUGUCUGACUUCCUCCAUUCAGAGUCUCUGCUGCCGACGAGAAGCCUCGCACACACCGGUCCGGCCGCCUCGGCUGUGAGCCGUGUCCGCUCCGGCCUCUCGAUGCUGGUCCCUGACCUUCUGACGUCGGGCAGCUUUUUGUUGUUGCGAACUUUCUCACGCUCGGGCUCUCCGACCUUGGUGCCCGAUUUCGUCGGGCCGGGCUCUCCGAUGCUCGCGAGGGCCGCUGCUUGCCCGGGGCCAUCUUUGCCCGCUCUCUCGACGACUCGCCUUGGUCCGAGCCUGCCUUUGCUGGACCACGCCUUGUUGGGCUCCCCGCUGCUCGACUCAUUCCUGUCCGCACUUGAUCUUGUUCACCCAGACCUGCCCCUCUUGCUGCGAAGCCACGCUCACCUGGGUCGCAUGCACACUUCGGCGCCUUGGCAGCAGCUUAGUCCUGUCAUUCACUUCUUUGAGAAAGCAGCCGCCUUUGUGCCUAGCCUUAGCCACUUAGGACUGUCGCCUCCGCUUCACACCCUUGCUCAUUCAGAUCUCGCGCUGCUGGUGCUAAGUGUAUCUCGAUCAGAAGCGCCCCCUCUCGUGCUGGAUCUCGCUGUUCUUGGCUUCCCGCCUCCACCAAGAGGGCCUGCUCGGCUGGGACCGGUGAUGCUGAUUCUGGAUCUUGCAGAGACAGAGCCGCUGCCGCUUUUGCGAAGUCACUCCCGCCUCGAGCUCACAAUGCCCGCCAUUGGCUUAGCCAGGCUAGGAUUGACACCCUCUCCACUGGACUCUGUGAACAUGGGACCUUCCAUGUUGGUUCGACAGAUGGUGCGGCUCGGGCCGUUUGCAUCAGCAUGCAGGAUGGCUUGGAUGGGCUUCAGCUCUUCAGUGCUUGACUUUGGUAACCCAGACACCUCCCUGCUGGUUCAAAGCCCAGCGCAACCAGACUUUGCGUCCUCCGCCGUCGGAGUGGUGAAAAUUGAUUUUGCCUUGUCAGUAUUGGAUAAUGCGCUGACUGAGCCGUUCCCUCCGGUCCGAGAGUUGGUUCGAUCAGAUUCUUCCACCUUGGUUUUGGGACUGGCUCGCCUGGGCCCAUUGCUGCUGGCGCCAGACCCUACAACCGUUGGUGUGGCUUUGUCAGUGCGUCAGCUUGCUCGAUCGGAGUCGCCCGCGGCUUCGUCGGGAGUCAGUCGGCCGGGCUUCUCGCUCUUCGUCUCGGACUCUGUGCAGAUGGACCCGUCCUUGCUUCCACAUAGCGUGCCCCUGCUCUUCCACAGCACGGCUCAGUACGGAUCCUUCAUGUUCGUCUCGUCAAGGGUCCGGGUUGACUUCUCGCUGUUCGUUUUGGCUCCCUUUCGCCAGUGCGCAGGCAUGCUUGAGUGGGAGUCGGACUGCCUGCUUCUGGCUUGGGCCAGUUUGGUUUUUCGCCUUCAGCGCUGGGCUCGCUUUGACAGCUCCAUCCCGGCCUUGGACUUCGUGGAAUCCGGAGCUUCUGCGCUGAUUCGGAGUUUGGCGCGCUCAGGCCCCACCUUGCUUCUAUCGGGAAGAGUACACCUUGGCCUCACCAUGCUGAUCGUGGACUACGCGUUUUCGGGCCCGGCGCCCCCAGCCCGCUCCUUUGCGCGACCAGGUCUUCCCUCCCUGGCAUUGAGCACUGCAAGGACGGGAUCCUUGCCUCUUGUGCCGGAUUCCGUGGUAUCGGAGGCCUCCCUCUUCUUGAGGGGCUCUGCUUGUUUGGGCUUGAACCCCUUGGCCUCGGACUUCGCCCGUCUCGGCCUCUCCUCAUUAUCACAAUCCCGUGCUCGUCUGGACCUCACGCCUCCUUCGUCCGGCCUCGCCAGAUCCGGCUCCUCGACGUCUGUUUUGGACUCUCUGAGGCCAGACUCGCCGCCUUCUCCGCAGUCCUCCGUGCGCGCGGCGCCCUCGCUCUUGGCCUCUGGGAAAAGUCAAUCCGGCCCUCCAACGUCCGUGCCGGAUCACCUGGGACUAGAAUCCCCGAUGCUGCUUCAAAACGCUGCUUGCGCUGGGUCAUUCCCAUCGGUGAUGAGUUGCUCAAGGUCUGAAGCUUCUGCUUCCAUAUUGGACUGUUUGCACCCUGGCUCCUCAAUGUUUCUCCACAGUUUCUGCUGUUUGGGCUUCGCCUUGCCAGUGCUCGACUUGGCUGUCUUUGGCUCUUCGCCGUCUGUUCGCUCCUUCGCGCGACUCGGCCCAAUGCCGCUGACCCCGGACUUUGCGCAGCUCGAGUUGUCGGCGUCGACGCGAGCAGCCACACAAAUGGAGCUUGCGAUGUUGGUUUUUGGGAGAUCCUGCUCGGAGCUCACGCUGCCGGCUUUGGACUUUGUGUGCUCUGGCCUGAACCUGUUUCUGCAAAGCCCAGCCUGUCUCGAAUCCUCACUACCGGCUUGCAACUAUGCAAGACCGGGACCAAGCAUGUCCUUGAGAAGUAUGGUCCAACCUGGCCUGCUGCUUUUCGCUUCUGACUGUGUUCGUUGUGGAUCGUCUCUGCCGGCCUUAGACCUCCUGCAUUCAGCUUCGCUACUGUUUGCAAGGUCAGUUGCGUGCAGCGGAUCCUUUUCGUCUGUCUUUGAUGCGGUUCGUUUUGGAUUCCCACUCUUUGCUGCGGACCUUGUGCUAUGUGGCCCAGCUCUGCUUCUGCGGUCACUCGCUUGCCUGGGAAGUCCCGCGUCUGUCUCGGACUUUAUAGAGCUCGAGCUGUCGAUGUUCUUGCAAAGCUUCGCCCGUUCGGGUCUCAGCAUGCCAGCUUUCAGCCGUGUGAUGCCUGAGCCGUCCUUGUCAACUCUUGAUCCCGCUCAGUCCGACCCUGUGCCUUCCCCUCGAAGCUUUGCUCGACCGGAGUUGUCAGUUUUCGUCUAUGGUUUAACCUUUCUUGACUCCUUGCCGCCCGUGCUAGACCUCGUGCACACGGGCCUGCCAGCCUUGCUGCGGACCUUUUCGCAGUUGGGUUUUCUGCCAUCUGCCUAUGGGCUUACGCUGCUCGGCUUCUCCUCACUGGUCCUGGACCCUCUUCACCUGGACUUCACGCCACCCUUGCAGUCCUUCAGCUGCCCGGGAUCGAGCUUCUUGGUCUUCAGCCGGUCGACUUCCGGCUCCCUGCUGCCGACCUCUGACUUCGUGGAGUCGGGACCGAUGCCUCCGCUUCGAAGCUUCAUGCGCUUGGGCUCCACUUUGUCGAUCUAUGGCAUUGCUGAGCCGGGACCUUUCUUGUCUGCUUUGGAUUUCGUCCACACGGGUUUCUCGUGCUCACUACGCUCCCUCGCUCGACCGGAGCCCGCUUUGUCGGCCUAUGGCAUGACGACCUCGGGUAGUCUGCUGCCGGUGCUUGAUUCUUUGCGCUUGGGCUCCUUCAUGCUGCCCCGACGAUUCGCCUGUUCGGGAUCUUCCUCGUCCGUCUACAGUCGAACACGGUCUGGGUUCAUGCCGUUGGCCUCGGAUCUUUUGCACCCGGGCCCGGUUAUGCCCUUGAGAUCCCUUUCUCGAUCAGACGUGGCCGUGUUGGCCUCGGACUUCCUGUACCUGGGCCCCACGGUGUCGACGCAGUCUUUCAGCCGACCGGGCUUGGUUGCGUCGGUCUCAGACCUCUUGCACUUGGGCUUGACGCCACCCUUGAGAUCUCGUUCAUGCUUUGGCUCCAUUUCAUCAGUGACAGGUCUGGUGCAGCUGGGCUUUCUGCUUUCAGUCUUGGACUGGGCGCAGUUGGGACUCCCGCUCUUCAUGAGAAGCUACUCGCAUCUUGGGCCUUGCGCGCCUGCCUUGGGCUUUGCGAGCAUGGAUGUCUCGCUUUCGCCUCGCAGCUUUUCCCGAUCGGGCGCUUCCCUCCCAGCCUCGGACUCCUUGCGCUCGGGCAGCUUGAUGUUCCUUCAAAGCCUUGUGCGUGCAGGGCUCUCAAUGUCGUCGUUGGGGGAAGUGUGCUCGGGCUUCAUGCUUCUGGUGUCAGACUCUGUCCAGCUAGACCCCUUGCUUCUCCUGCGUAGCCUUUCGAGGACGGAGGUGCCUUUGCCAGCUUCGGACCACGCGAGACCCGGCGCAUUUCCGCCAUCGCAAAGUUUCGGAAGGCUCGAAGCCUCAGCGCCUGCUCUGGGGCUGAGUCGUCUCGGCUCCGUCUCCCCCUUACCUGUCACUGAUGCUGUCGAGUUUGGCCUGACGCUUUUCGUGCGAAGCCUUGUGCAUCUUGGGCCCACCCUGCCUGUGCCCAGCCACGUGCGUUCGGGGAGCUUCCUGCCCCCUCGAAGCACGGCCCGUGCCGAAGCUGCAAUCCUUGUGCCGGACUUCUUGCAACUCGAUUCUUCCCCGUCGCUACAAAGUAUGGCCUGCUGUGAUUCGGUCUUGCCAGUGCUGGAUUUUCUUCACUUGGGACCAGCUCCUUUGCCCCAAAGUUCUGGUCACUUAGAACCUUCCACGGCUGCUCUUUCAAGCGCGAGGAUGGGCUCGACAUCGUCUGCUUCAGACUCCGUUCAUUCAGGGAGCCCGCUGUUUGCGCGAAGCCUGGCAUGGCUUGGCAUCUCACUGCCGGUCUCGGAUGUGGCUCAGUCUGGACUUCCACUACUUCUGCGCUCCCACGCAAGACUUGGGUCGAUGCUGCUCGCUCCUGGAUUGACCCGGAUGGGCUUCGUAUUCUCCCUGCCUGUGAUAGAACCUGCGCAUUCCGAACUGAUGCCGCCUGUUAAGAGCUCUUCGCGACUCGAAGUCGCUCUUCUGACAAUGGAUCUCGCACGCACGGGCCUCCCGACGUUGCCUCGCGCUUAUUCCCGCCCCGGGUUCUUCGUUUCGGCCACGAGCAGUUGCAGGCUCGGUUCCACUUUGCCUAUUUCGGACCUCGUCGAAUCAGGCUUCGCGCUUCUGCUCCGAAGUUUUGCUUGUUUGGGCUCUGCGGUGUUUGCCUCGGACUUCGCUCGAAUCGGCCCACUGCUUUUGCUGCGCUCCUUGGCCAAGUUCGAAAGCUUGGCGUCCGUCUCUGGAGUCAGUCGACCUGACGCAUCUUUGUUGGUUUUGGAUCGUGUCGGUUUUGACCCCGCCUUCUCUUUGAGAAGCCCUGCGUGUCCUGACCUCACCUUUCUGACAGCAGACUACAUUCGAUCGGGCCUUUUUCUGUUGCUGCGAUCUAUGUCGAGGCCGGGCCUUUUGUCUCCAGUGUUUGGAGAAGUGCGGCUGGAGAGCCUACUGCCUGCCUCAGACUUCUUGCAGCUGGAAGUGGCGUUGCCUGUCCAUUCAUCCGUGUGCCUUGGCCUGAACCUCCUGGUGCUGGAUUCCUUGAAGCCGGGCCUCUUCCUGCUUCUGCGUAGCUCUGCCAGGAUGGAUGCUUUUGUGUUUCCUCUCGGAGAGUGCCGACCCGAACUGCUGCUGCCCGCGCCAGACCUUCUGAACUUAGGACCGUUUUUGUCUGCGCAAUCAGCCGUCCGGCUUGAGUUUAACUUGUUAGCCCUGGACCUUCUGCAUCUGGGGCCACCUCCGCUUUUGCAAGGCAUGAGUUGCCCCGGUGCUCCCUUGCCAGCACUGAAACUUGCUACGUUCGGACUGUCGGCGCUGAUCCCUGACCUUGCAGAGUUGGGCUUGGUGUCACCGCUGCGCAGCUCUGCACAUCUGGGGUCUCCGCUUCUGGCACUUAGCCUCGGGCGUUCUGGCUUGUCUCUGCUCGCACGAAGCCCCGUCCGCACGGGCUCCGUGCUUCCGGUGCUUGACUUCUUGCGUCCCGGCUUGCCGAUGUUGUCACGGUCCUCUAGUCGCGUGGGCUUGCCGACACUCGCCUUUAGUCGAGCAGCCUGCGGCCCAUUGCUGUUGGCUCCGGAUUCUUUGUACUCAGAACCUUUGCUGCCGCUCAGAAGCCCUUCGCGACCUGAGCUGCUUCUGCCAGCUCCUGACUUCGUGCAGCUUGGUCCGCUACCGCUGCCAAGGAGCUUCAGCCACCUGGACUUCACGGUGCUUGUGCCCGGCUCGACUCGAUCAGGCUUUGUAUCCUUGCCGUCGGCAACUGAGUGUGUGCAACUAGAUCUCUCAAUUUCCGCUCGAAGCCUCGGGCGAGUGGGAGCUGUCACGUCGACUUCGGAUUCUUUGCACCUUGGCUUCUUGUCGUCUCUGCAAUCCCACAGCCGCAUUGAGCCUACGUCUUCAGUCUUGGGAGAGCUGCGCCUCGGCUCACCCCUUUCGGUGCUUGACUUCACGACCUUUGAGUUCUCUGCGUCGCUGCAAAGCAUGGCCCGCUUUGGCUUCAUGACGUCAGCGCUCGAUUCCCUGCAUCUGGGGUCGCCGCUGCUUUUGAGGUCCUGGCUGCAAGCUGGAGCAAUUCCACUGGCGACGAGCAGUGUGCGCUUCGAACCAACACUCUUCGUCCUUGAUCCUGUGCACUCAGAACCCAUGGUGUCGCCCCGGAGUCUUACUCGGAUGCAGCUUGGGUUAACUCUGCUGGUGUCGGACGCGUGUGGCCUUGGCGCAUCCUUCACGGCCACGAGUGCAAUUCGGUCCUCCAUGCAUGCAGGUCCACAGGCAUCUGUGCCAGAUCUCUUGCAUCUGGGAUUCUUGAUGCCAUCGCGUUCCCCCAGCCGUCUAGAGAGCUUUGUGUCGACCUAUCAGCUGGUUCGGUUUGACCUGGCUUUGUUGACUCCAGACCACUUGAGAUCAGACCCUUCGUUGCCUAUGCAAAGUUCUGCCAGACCGGGCCCUGCGUGUUUGAUCUGCGGAAUCGCCCAGCUGGAAGCCAGCCUGUUGGUCCUGGACUCCGCGGACUUGGGCCCUGUACCGUCGCUGCAAAGCUCUGCAUGUCCUGGCGCCGCCUUGUUGAUCCUAGACUUCGCUAGGCCAGAACCCAUCACAUCCCUCAGAAGCUACCUUUGCCCUGGCUCUGCACCCUCGGCCUUCUCGUCCUGUCGCAUGGGCUUUAGCCUCUUAGUGCCGGAUUUUGUGCAUUUGGAAGCUGCAGUUCUUCCCAGAAGCCUUGCGCAUCCUGAGCCAGUGGCAUCUGCUCUGGGCUACUUCCGCCUGAGUCGACCCGGCUUCGUGUUCUUGCUGCCUGCAACUGACAGGGUGACUUUCGGGUCUUCGAUGCCCUUGCAAAGCCCCACAAGGGCUGGGUCGGUGAUGUCAGUUCUCGAUCUUCUGCUUUUAGGGCCCUCGACUUCCUUGCAAAGCUGCGCGCGGAUGGGCCCUGCCGCCUUGGUUCCGGACUCCUUGCACUCGGGCUUUUCGAUGCUGCCGCGGAACACGGCGCGACUCGGCUUUGCUCUGCCCGCUUUGGGCACGUCGCGCUUGGGGCUUUUGUCGUCGGCCCUGGACAUGGCAGUCCUGGGCUCUUCGAUGUCCUUGCGGAGUUCGUGCUGGUCAGGCCUGGCAGCUCUGGCUCUGGACUCCCUGUACUUGGGCUUGACCACGCUGUCGAGAAGCCACGGUAGGCUGGGUUUGGCCACGUCUGCUUUGAGGCGCUGUGUGCUGGGGAGCCCUUUGACAGCUCUGGACUUCGCUUAUCCGGAGGUGCCUGUGCUUGUGAGGAGCCUUGUCAGGACGGACAGCCCGCUCCUCGUGUUGGACCACCUGCGAUCGGACCCAACCUCGCUGCUGCGAUCCUUUGCAUGCGUGAGCUUUGCCUCACCUGCCACUGGAAUGACUUGCUUGGCUUCCGCUACGUCGGCCUUGGAUGCUGUGCACCUUGGUCUGACGUUGUCUGCGCGAUCCCUCUCACACAUUGGACUGGCUCCGUUGCCCAUGGACUACAUACAGAUGGGCCUGCUGAUGCCGUCGAAGAGCAUCGCAUGCUUGGAAGUCAGCGUUCCAGCUCUCGAUUUUCUGUGUCCAGGGUCGAUGCUGCUUGUGCAAUCCUCUUCUUGCAUGGGGUUAGUGUUGCCUGCCCUUGAUUUCUUGGUCCUCGGGCCAAACCUGUCGGCUCAAAGCUUCGGUUGCUUAGGCUUCCUUGCGUCAGUUUCGGAUUUCAUGCAUCCCGACUCUUUCAUUUUUCUGCGGAGCCCUUCGCAAACGGAAGUUGCCCCGUCCUCAUCGGACCAUGCCGCAGUAGCGUCCUCCAUGCUCGUACGCAGCUUCGCACGCCUGGGACUGAUGUUUCCCGUCGCAGGGCGCGCUAGGCUGGGCUUCCUUCCGCCGCUCUCGGACUUUACCAACCUUGGCUUCUCGGUUCCGGCCUUGGUGCCGGUCUUGGACCUCUUACGCCCGGAUGCCAUGCCUUUGGCGCGCAGCAUGGCUCAGCUGGAAAGCGCAAUGUUGGUUUUCGGAGUGGGUCGUUCUGGCUUUAUGCUUUCGGUGCUGGACUCCAUGCAGCCAGAGUUUCUGCUUUUGCUUCGCAGCUCUUGCAGGCUUGGACCCACUUUGUUGGUCUUGGACUUCUUGCGAUCGGACAGCUCUCCUUUCGUGCGCUCUUACCUCAGAUCCGGCUUUCUUGUGCCUGCGACGGGCGUGACUAGGCCAGGUCUCCUGGCGUCAGUUUUGGACCUCGUGCAUCUGGGUCCGGUUUUGCCGCUUCGAAGCACGGCCUGUCCUGAAGCCGCCUCGCCGGUACCGGACUUCUUGCACCCUGGUUCAAUGCUUCUGGUGCAAAGUCUCUCAAGCUCUGGCCUACUCACAUCACCGCGGAUGUUUGCAUGCUCUGGCAGCGCAUUCUUCGCGUGUGGGCUUUCUCGCGUGGGCCUUUCGUCGCUCGUUUUGGAUCUCGUGCUCCUGGACCCGGCUUUGUCGGCCCAAAGCUCGGGAUGUCCGGACUUGGUCAUGCCUGUCUUGGACUUCUUGCACUUGGGUUUUGCCACCUUGGUCGACUUGAAAGUGCUGCACCGGCCUUUGGAAUUAGCAGGCCUUACCAUGCUGCUCCGAGCCUCCGCGCGAGUGGGCUUCCUUCUGUUUCCCUCCGGUCAAGUCUGUUUCGGCCCCUUUCUUCCAGCGCCAGACUUCUCCGAUCCUGGCUCGGCGCUGCCCGCUCGAUGCCUUUCCAGCUUCGGGUCGGUUCCGUCUCUGCAAAGCUUCGCUCACUUCGGCUCGGCAUCUCCGCCGCUGGGCGUGGCAAAUCUCGGAGCUUCAGCUCCGGCUUUGGACCAUGUCCUGCCAGCAUCGAUGUUCAUUUUGGACUCCGUCGCGUGCGGAAGCUCGCCACCCCUGCGGCGUCCUGCAUGCGUUGGCCCAGCGCCUCCAACACUUGACUUCCUGCAGCCGGGAUCCAUGCUGCCACCAAGGAGCCUUGGCCGUGUGGAUGUGCCUUUGUUCGUCUUCGGGCUGACUUGCUGCGAUGCUUCGAUGCCACCUCUGGACCACAUGCUUGUGGACAGCGCUCUGCCUCUGCACAGCUUCUCACGGACAGGCUUAGCUUCUUCUGCCCUUGGAAUCGCUCGGCUGGCUUUCCCGCCCUCAACACCGGACCUCGCUCAUCCUGAACCUCUCCUGCUGACGCAAAGCUUUGCAAGGAUCGGGUCUGUGGUUCUGAUCCUUGACCUCCUUCACCUCGGGCCGCCGCUACCGGCCCAAAGCCUUUCAAGCUCUGGAUCCCUGACGUUGUCGCGGAGCGUUGCCCGAUUCGGAUCCUGUUCCUCGGCCUUCGGGCUUGCAUGCUGUGGUGCGUCCUUCUCCGUGCUGGAAUAUGCCUUCCUGGGUUUGCCCUUAUCUUCGAGAUCAAGCGGGCAAUUGGGCUUGGCUCCUUCAGUUCCAGACUUUUUGGAACCGGGUUUUCCGCCCUCACUGCGAAGCCUGGCUCGGCUUGGGUUCAUGUCGUCGGCAACGGGCAUCGGAUGUCCAGGGCUUUCCCUCCCAACCUUGGACUCCGCGGACUUGGAAGCCAGCUCAUCUUCGCGCAGCAUGUCUUGCUUGGGUUCGAGCCUGCUGGCUUUGGACUUCUUGCAUUCGGGGCCGUUGCUUCCUCUCCGUUCUUCUGCCAGAUUAGGGUUGGUCAUGCUGGCCUCUGGCAUUGGAUGCGUGGAAGCAUCGCCGCCUGUGCUGGACUACGCUUUCCUGGGCUCUUCGGUCCCACUGCGAUCCCCUUCACGCCCCGAGCCUGCGGUGCCAACUCUGGACAUCUUGCAUCUUGGCUUCAUGAUGCUAUCGCAUCACCUUGCCUGCAUGGACCUGCUGCCUCCCGUCUCCGGCUGUAGCUGCUUCGGUCUUCCUUUGUUGCUUCUAGAUCUCAGCCUGCUCGGGUUGUCGGCAUCACCGCGAAGCCAUGCUCAAACCGGUCUGGCCCCUUUGGCUCCGGACUCCUUGCACUUGGGCUCAUCGCUGUUCCUCCGGAGCCACAUCAGGGUUGGACCAGCUGUCUCAGUCUUCUCGCGCCUUCGCUUUGAUUCGAGCCUUUCUGUCUUGGACUUCACACACUUUGACGCCUUGCCUUUGCUGCAAAGCUCCGCACGUGGAGGCCCGGCCUCGCCAGCUUCCGGCAUGUUCCGCACAGGCUUUCUGCCUCUGUUGUCAGACUAUGCACUCCUUGGCUCGGCGGCUCCGCUGCGCAGCUCUGCAUGGAUUGGCUCAACUCCCUUCGUCUCGGACUCUUUGCAUCCCGGCUUCUUCGUGCCUUUGCAAAGUCAUGGCCAAAUUGCAUCCGCCAUCCCGGCAUCGGACUUCCUGCACUUGGGACUGGGGGUGCUUGUUCCUGACUUCCUGCACUCAGGGCCCCCUUUGCCAAUGCGCAGCCUUUCCAAGCCAGACUUGCCAUCGCCUGUGACGGAUCUUGCGCAUUCGGACCCCAUGUCAUCUGUACGGUCGUAUGUGCGAUGUGGCUUGGUAAUGCUGAUCUUGGACUCCCUUGAGCUGGGGCCAUCGUUGUCACUCCGCAGCUUUGCUCGUUCUGGCUCUGCAUUUCUCGCUUCAGGCAUCGCCCGUGUUGAGCUGCCCUCGCUGACUCUGGAUUUUGCACAAGUCGGCCCUUCACCUUCCACUCGAAGUUCCGCUCAGCUGGAAGUAGCAGCCUUUGCUUCAGAUCUUCUGCGCCUCGGGCCUUUCAUGUUUCCCAGGAGCCAUACCUGGCCUGACGUGGCUUCUUCGGCCUUCGGAUUCACGAAAGCCGGAGCAUCACCUCCCGUGUCGGACUACGCUCACCUGGGCUUCAUGACAUCCGCCCACAGACUUAUGGCGCUGCCCUCGGACUCUGUUCAUAUCGGCAGUUCGCUGCUGACCCGAAGCCUGUCACGCUCGUCCGGAUGUCGCUACGUCGGCUCUCGACCUUGUACAUCCCGGACCAACGACAGCAACCAGAAGCUUCUGCUGCCUGGGAUGCCAGGGCACUUCGAGCAAAACGAGUUCAAGUUGAACUGCAGCUUCCUCGCAGGACAUCUGGACGACUUGCUGAUAUCGGACCACGUUUACGUUGAUUCCCUUGCUUUGCCGCGCAGCUUCACACGAGCAGGCAGUGCUCCUUCAGCGCUUGACUCCUUAGUCCUCGGCUUCACGCUGCUGAUCAGAUCGCUUGCUCGCCUUGAAAGCUCGGCACUGGUUUUCAGCAGAGCUACACCUGACUCACUGACACUUGUCUUGGACUUUGCGAUGCCGGGCCUGUCUGUUUUGAUCCGUAGUCUCGCGAGACUUGGUCUUGCUAUGCUGGUGUUGGAUCCUAUCCAUACGGAGCCCUCGGUCUCUGUCCGAUCGCUCGCCUGUCUUGACGCCACGAUGUUCGCGUCGAAUCUUGUGCAUCCAGACUUCGCCCCGCUUAUGCAAUCAUUUGCCUGUGCCGAUGUGUCAGCGCUUGUCCCGGACCUUGCCCACUCAGAUCCGAUUGCUUCUCCUCGAAGCGCCUCUUGUCCAGACUCCGUGGUGCCUUUGCCUGAUUUCGUUCAUUCAGAGCCCGUGCUUUUGGUGCAAAGCUCUGUUCGGCUGGAUGCAAGUGCAUCUUCGACAGAUUACGCUCACUCCGGAUCCAUCUCGCUGAUCAGAAGCCCUUCACGCCCCGCUUUGCUGCUGUUGGCAAUGGAUUUCGGACAUCCAGGGCCUUCCUUAUCAUUGCGCAGCUUCGGUUGUGUGGGCUUCGCCCCUUUGACUUCUGGCCAGGUCCGGAUGAGUUUGUCGCUUUUAGUGCUGGACUCUGUAAACUCAGAGGCGGUCUUGUUGCUGCACAGUUUUGCACGCCUUGACGUGGUUAUGUCAGCGACAGACUCCGCAAAGGUGGGAUCUUCCCUUUCACUGCGGUCUUCUGCACAACCCGAGCUGGCCAUGAUAGCCUUUGGCAUCGUCUGGGUUGGUUUCCUUUCAUCGGCUUCGGACUACAUUCACAUCGGCCUCUUGAUGCCCGUUCGUAGCUUUGCUCGAUGUGAAAGUGCCGUGUUGGCGUUGGACUCCUUGCACCCAGGCCUUCCGACGUCUUCGAAGAGCUUCUGCCGCUGUGACUCUUCGGUUUUGGCCUUCGGGGCCUCCUGGACCGGCACGUUGUUGCUGUUGCCGGACUCUGCGAAUUCGGGGUCCCUGGCGUCCUUGCGGAGCUCGAGCUGCACGGGACCGGCACCCUCCGCCCCGGAUCUUUUGCACCUGGGCCCGGCUUCGCCUUCGCACUCCCUCGGCCGCGUGGGUUUGGCUUUGUUGGCCUUUGGCUUGGCACGCAUGGACGCUUUUGCAUCGACCUUGGACCAUGUGCAGGCUGGGCCAGUGCCUUUCUCGAGAAGUGUGGCAAGGUCAGAUGCCUCUGCUCUUGCUCUUGACUUUGUGAACUUUGGUUUCAGCACAUCUGCACGAAGUUCCGGCCAACCGGGUCUGCUGCCUUCCACACCAGACUGUCUGCACCUAGGCUUGCCUCUGUUGCUGAGGAGCUCGGGACGGCUCGGACUUGCUUUCCCUGCAUAUGGAGGAGCAUGCUACGGACCCACGCCUCCUGCACGCAGCCUCGUGACGCUUGGCUCCUCCUCCCUUCCCUUUGCCACUGGCCGGCCGGGCUUCCUGCCGUUUGCCCUGGAUCUUGCUCUCCUGGGCUCCUCUACUCCGACCAAGAGCCCCGCCCGCACGGGCUUUGCCUUGUCUGUUUUGGAUUUCUUGCACAUGGGAUUGGCCUUCCCGACCCGAGCAUCCACACAUACGGGCCUGGCCUUCCCGAUUUUUGGGCAGGCGCAAUGUGAUCUGCUUCUGCUGGCACCAGACCUCGCUGAACUUGGCCCUGCCCUACCAGUGCAAAGUUUCGCAAGGCUUGACUUGGCUAUGCCAACCUUCGACUGCCUCCGCUCGGGGCCCACAACGCCUCUGAGGUCACCCGUCCGCCUGGGACCUGUCGUUUCGCUUUCCGGCUCACAAUCGGGCAGCGUUCUACUGGUGUCUGGGGUCGCUUGGUGUGGAGCCUUCUUGUCAGCAUCGGACUCUGUCCACUCGGGACUUGCCAUGCCUCUGCGAAGCAUGGCCCACACAGGUCUUGCCAUGCUCACACUGGACUGCCUUCGUCCCGAGUCCAUGAUGCCACUCCGAAGUAGUUGCCGCCCUGGCUUCGCCCCUUUGGCCUUGGAUUUCUUGCAUUCGGAUGCCUUAAUGUCACCGCGAUCUUUUGGCUGGGCAGGCUUGGCAGCGCUUGCGUCGGGCUGCACUUGCUUGGGGUUCCCUCUGCCCGUGCCCGACCCUGCGGCUACAGGCUCAGUGGUAUUUGUGAGGAGCUUCGCUUGGUCAGGUCUGGCUGCUUUUGCACCCGACUUCCUGCACUCGGGGCCAGCUUUGCCAAUUCGCUCGCUGGUCCGCUCAGAAGCUUCGCUUUCGGCCAUCGACUUCCUACGCCCGGGUUCCUCGAUGCCACUGCAAAGCCUUUCAUGCGUCGGCUCCGUGUCUUUCGCGUCCGGCGUAACGCACGCAGAUCCGCUUUUGUCGGCACCGGAUUCCACGCACAUCGACUUCGUGCUGCUUGCACGCAGCCUUGCACGUCUGGGCCUCUCAGCGCUUGUGCCAGAUUUUCUGCGGCUCGAAAGCCUCCUGUCCUUGCGGAGCUUUGUGCGCAUGGGCCUGCCUCUCCCGGCUCUGGACCUCCUUAAAUCGGAGGUUUCCGUGCCUCUCCGAUCCUUCGCCAGACUUGACUUGGCUGUGCCGAUCUGUGGCAUCUCUCGAUGCGGCUCUCCGCUCCUGGUUUUGGACCACGUCCAGCUCGGCUUGCCUUCGCCGGUGCGGAGCCUUGCACGCACGGGUUUCGCAAUGCCGACCCUCGACACGUUGCUUCCUGGUCUCACGAUGCUUCCGCGAAGCUCCUCCAGGCCUGACCUUCCAAUGCCCAUGCCCGGCCUAAGUUGCAUGGGACUCGUCUUCUUUUUGCCAGUGGCAAGCUUUGCUCUGCUUGAACUUCCUGUCUUCUUGCGAAGCUUGGCUUGUGCGGAAUCUGCCACCUCCGCCUUGGACUCCCUGCAUCUCGGAAGCUCGCUUUUGCCGAGGAGCCGUGGUCGUUUGGGAGCUGCAGCAUCCGCUUUGGACUCCCUGGACUGGUCUGGCCUCCUUCGCAUUCGGCACGGCUUGCUAUGGGCCGACAACGCCUGCGCGCAGCUCUGGUAUCCUCGGACCUGCUCUGUCGACUUCUGGCUUGGUGCGGACGGGUUCUCCGAUGCCUUUGCCGGUAUCGCAGCGCCAGCAUCGGACUCCCUGCACCCGGAGCCAGUGCCGUCUCCGCAUUCAUUUACCCAUCUCGCUUUGCCAGCGCCCAUCCCGGACCUCCUGCAUCCAGGACCCUUGUCUCUGCUUCAAAACCUUGGACGUGUCGAUUCUGCCCCUUUGUUGCUUGGAGUUAGUCGCCUGGACGUGUCACCUCCUGUCUCAGACGCGGUGCAUUUGGGGCCGCUCUUAUCCCUUCAAAGCUCGGCCUGCAUUGAGUCUGCAGUGCCAGCGCCGGACAUCCUCAAGCUGGGAUCGUCUCUGCCACUGCGCAACCCCGCCAGGCCUGACCCUUUGCCUUCAGUGGUGGGCCUAAGCCGGUCUGAUACAUCUCUGGCGGUUCCUGACCUGGCACAUCUUGGGCUGCUGCCGUCUUCGCGCAAUUCCGGGUGUGCGGAUCUGUUCUUGCUGGUAUGCGGUAUGCACCGAACAGACGUGAGCUUGUUGGUCCUGGAUUCUGCACAUUUGGGCUUCGCGAUGUUGCCGCGAAGUUUCGCCCGGUUAGAUGUCCUGCUUUUUGCUUCAGACUGCCUGCACCCAGGGCCGAUUCCGCUCAUGAGAGGACUCACCAGGAUGGGCUUUCUGAUGCUCGCGUUUGGAGACAUUAAAUUCCCCAGCGGGUUUGGAAGUGUCAACCUCUCAGUGCUGGGGAGGGUUCGCUUCGGAUUGAGUCUGUUCGUGCUGGAUCGGGUUACCUUCGGAUUCGUGCUGUCAAUCAGCUUUCCGCUUUUGGGCCUCUCGCGGAUGAGCUCCUCGUCUUUGACUUCAGACUACGUGCAGCCAGAUUCCACAAUGCCGGCUCGUAGCCUUGCGCACCCCGGUGCUUCGGUGCCAGCUUCAGAUUCUGCAAUGGUCGGGUCGAUCUUGCCGACCCGCUCCGUUGCACGGCUGGGAUUUGUCGUGCCGUCACUGGACCUUACUCACUUCGACCUCCUCCUGUCUCUGCGAAACCAUCUGCAUGCUGGGCCGAUGACAUUGCUCUUCGGGCAAGGCCGAUCUGAUCUGAGCCUUUUUGCACUGGAUCUCCUGCAUUCAGAGCUUGCCAUGUUCUCGAGAGCUCUCUGCAGAACCGGUCCCACGCCCUCUGCCCUGGAUUCCUUGCACUUGGGGCUGAUGAUGCUCUUGAGGUCCAAAGCACAGUCUGGCUUGGUGCUUUUGGUAUUUGGCAUGACUUGUCUAGACCCGAGUCUUUUCGUCCUGGAUGUUGCCCAUCUGGGUCCCUUUCUGUUCUUGAGAUCGCCUGCUCGACCUGACAGCUCCUCUUCGCUUCUGGACCUGGCCAUCUCUGGGUUACCGGCUCCCGCACAAAACUCUGCUCAAUUAGAGUUUGUGUCUUCAGCCUGCGGGCUAGUCUGUUUUGACCUUCUGCUACCUGUACCAGACUUUGCUGAGCCUGGCUUGCCGGUGACUCCUCACAGCCUUGCCAGACUGGGCCCAGUACUGGCGGCAUGCGGCCGCACUCAGCUUGAUCUGUUGCUGCUUGCACCGGACCUUGUGCAUCCAGGCUUCUUGACGUUGUCGCAAGCCUCCGCGUGCCUUGCACCGUCGAUGCCAGCGCUCGACUUCGUCCAGCCUGACUUGCCCUCGUCGCUUCGAAACCCUUUCUGCUUGGGUAGCCUCGUGCCUUUGCCAGGACUGUCUUGCCCGGGCUUCUGCUUCGUGCUGCCGGUUACAAGCAGCACGCUCCUGGGCUCACCACCGCCAGCGCAAAGCUGCACUCGCCUGGCAUUUGCGCUGCCAGCUCUUGAUUUUGCUCACGUGGACUUGGCAGACUCGAGUGUGUCCUUGGUUGGGCUUUCAAGAGUGGGCCUGGUCUUCUCUAUGAGCGUGAUUGCAUUUGCACACUUUGGGCCUCUGCUGCUCGCCAGAAGCCGGGCUCAAGUGGGACCCUCAUCGCCUGUGCUUGAUUCCUUGGACCCAGAACCAUUGUCGCCACUGCGGUCUGCCGCGCGCCUCGGUUCUCCAUUGUUUACUCUGGACUUUCUCCACAUGGGCCUGUUGGUGUCACCGAGAACUUUCUCGUGUGCCGGCUCCAUCCCUUUAGCCUUUGGACUCUCACGCAUCGGCCUCGUUUUCUCGCUGUCUUUGGCCGACUUUGCAAGGAUGGGCCCUCUGGUUUCUCCCAGAAGCACGGCUCAAACUGGCCUUCCAUUGUUGGCCCUGGACUUUUUGCACCCGGGCCUCGCGCUUCCGCCACAAAGCUUCUCUUGUCUUGGAUCGCCGAUGCUGCUGCCGGGAGCUGAGUGGACGGAAGGGAAAAGGGCAGAGGCAGAGAGCCUUCGAGCGGUCGUCGCCAGUGCGCAAUUGGGCUCUGUCCUUUUGCUUCAAAGCACGGCACGAAUUGGCUCUUCUCUUCCAGUGUUCGACCUCCUGAUGGUGGAGGGGGACAACAAUAACCAUGCAUUGGAAGGCUCGAGCCAUCUUGGCUCAGCUUCCUUGGCCUGUGGCAUCAGCAGAUUGGGAUUCUUGCUGUCUGCCUUGGGUUCUAUGCAUCUGGGAUCCCCUACGCCAGCAAAGAGCUCGGCUCACCUCGGAUUGGUUGCGCUGAUUUUGGAUCGCCUGAAGUUGGGCUCACCUCUUCCUCUCCAAAGCUUCGUCCAAGUCGGCUUUCCAGUGUUUCUGGUUGGGCUCUCACGGCCUGGCUCUGUCUCCUCUUUGUCAGUGGCAGAGAGUGCAACUCCUGGCCCAGUGGUGUCUGCAAGAAGCCUCUGCCGAACCGGCCUCGCCUUGUUGGCGCCUGACCUUUUACGUCUUGGCCCACCGCUGCCAUCGCGCAGCACGGCGCGUCUCGGCAGUAUGGUUUUCUUGUAUGGCCUGGGUUGUUCUGGCUCCGUGUCCCUGCUGCCAGUGGUCGCCUGCACACAUUCGGACUCCUUUCUGCUGCUGCACAGCAUCGGCUGCCCUGGGAGCUCGAUUCUGGCUCUUGCCUUUGGACACUUGGGCUUGUCCCCGGUAGGUCGGCUUGACUUCUUGUCGUUGGUCUUUGAUUUUCUGUUAAUGGGCUCGCCAAUGUCGCUGAGAGAAUUUGCACACCUGGGCUUCACGGCUUCCGUCUUCGGGCUGGCUCGUUCGGGCUUGGUGUCCCUGCUGCCAGCCAUCAGCGUCGCGAAGUUGGGACCCCCAUCGCCCCUGCAAUCGCAUGGCUACGCUGGCUUCGCAUCACCCGCGCCUGACUCCCUGGCUCUGGGUUUCCUGGCUUCGCUGCAAAGUCCUGCGCGCACGAGCUCCUCUCCUCCUGUCUUCGGAAAGACAUGUUCUGAGCUCCUACCUUCAGCGCUGGACUUCUUGCGUCCAGGCCCCUUGCUGUCUUUGAAGUCGAUGUCCCAUCCUGGCCUUUCCCUCUUGGUGCUGGACCUUCUUCAUCCAGACCCGCCCCUCUCCUCGCAGUCACUUGCCUGCUCUGAAUCAGUGGCUUUGGUGUUGGGUUGCACAGAACCCGAAGCGUCUUUGUUGACCUUGGACCCUGCACAUAUGAGCCCUUCAACUUCAGCUCGAAGUUGGGGCCAUUCGGGCCUUGCUGUGCCGACAUUUGACUUGCUGAGGCCUGGGUCAGCGCCCUUUCCUCGAAGCUACGGACGUCCUGGCUCGACUCUUUUCGUGUUUGGCAUCGCCCGCUCAGGCCCUGUGUUCUUCCUGCCCGUGACCGAGGCGACCACCCUGGGAAGCUUCCCGCCACUUCGAAUGUCGCGAGUUGGCUCCGUGUUUGUCCUGCCAGUGAUUGCUGAAGCACACUUGGAAGCUGUGUCGUUGCUGCAGUCUUCUGGCCGAUCGGAAGCCUCUGCCCUGGCAUUGGGCCACUGCCGCCUUGGUUCGCCCAUGCCUCUCCGAAGCCACAGUCAGCUCAGCCCUGUUCUGUCUGCUAUGAAAGUGGCCAGCUCGGGCCCCGCAAUCCCUUUGAGGCAGUCCGCUUGCGUCAGUCCACUGGUGCCAGCUUCGGGGAUGUUCCGGUUAGAGUCUUCAGCAUCAGUGCCGGAUUACACAAAUCCCGGGUUGUGUCUCCUUAUCCGCAGCUCCGCACAUCCUGGCUUUGCACUGCCAGUGCCCAGCCCCUGUGAAAUGAGCUCGUCGUCUCCUAUUCGAGGAUACUCGAGAUUGGGCUCCAAUUUGCCAGCCACGGGCUUGUUCUGUGCCGGAUCUGUGUCCUCUCCCCCUGUGACUGAGACGGCGGUUCUUGACAGCUCACUUUUCCUGAGAAGUCGUGCUAGGCUUGGCUUGUCCUUGCCAGUCCUGAGGUCCGUUCGAUGUGGCUUUUCACUGCUUUUGAGAGGCCCUGCUCGCCCGAGCUCUCCCUCGCUUCUCUUAGGGAUGGCUCGCGCAGACUUCCUCUCCUCGCUGUUUGUGGUGGACGUUGCGAACAUGGCCCCUUCGCCUUCCAUCAGGUCCCCUGCCCGAUUCGAGCCGUCCCUGCUUACACCUCAAAGCUCACUCUUAAACUCUUCUGUGUUGGUGCAGCAAUACACACGUUCGGAACUGACGGUGUUGGCAUCUGGCCUCUCAUGGCUGGGGGCUUCGUCACUUGCUUCGGGUGAGGCUAAGUCGGGUCUGCUGCCGUUUUCACAUUCCUCCGCGCACGCAGAAGCUGCUACGUUGGUGUCUGGCUUUUCUCAUGUAGGCUUGCUUCUUUUCUCGCGGAGCCUUGGCUGCUUGGGGCCGCCUGUUCCUUUGUACGGCCUGAUGCGUGCUGGCUUGGUCUCCUCGCCGCCGGUGGUUGCCAUGGCACAGCCCGGGGCGCCAUUGCUUCCACAAAGCUUGGCAUGUCCAGAGUUCUUCGCGUCGGUGCUCGGUGUUGCGCAAACUGGCUUCAGCUUGCCGUCGCGAGGAUGUGCCCGAGCCGAGCCAGAGACUCCUGUACCGGACUACUUGCACCUCGAUCUGUCGCCGCCAUCACGCAGCUCCUUGCAACUCGACUUCUUCAUGUCCGUGGCAGGGAAAGCAGCUUCGGGCUCAUUCUCAUCAACGUCGGACUGGUCGUCCUUGAGUGCCUUCUUGUCGCUGCGAUCUUCCGGCAGACUAGGCUCCAGUGUGUUGGUCUUGAGGUUCACGUCAGUCGACUCGUCCAUGUCAACGCGAGCUUUCGCACACCUUGGUCUUUCAGCUCCAGUUUUCGGGAUGGCCCGAGUUGGCUUUGUCUUCUUCAUGUUUGUUCUGGACCUUCUGCAUCUCGACCCGUUUCUUCCCGUUCGUGUUUCUGCUCAUCCAGGCCCACCGGUGUUCGUUAUGAACUAUGCCCGCCUUGAGUUGUUGAUGCUGCUUCGCUCCUUCGCACAUGGAGAGUUAGCUUUGCUUGUGUUUGGCCUGGUCUGGGCUGAUCCUGUUUUCUCGCUACCAGUAGUCAGCACAGCUUCGCUGGGAAGUUCUCCUUUGGUAAGAAGCUUUGUUUGCUUUGAAGCUUCAGCUUCUUGCUAUGACUAUUCGGCAAUUGGCUCGGCCGUUCCCAUGAGGAAUUCUGCGAGGUUAGGCUUUCUGAUGCCUGCCUUCGGCGGCGUACGUUCAGAUCCCCCUCCACUUCUCCUGGACUACGCCCAGAUCGGUUUGCCAACGCCUGCGCGCAGCUUCUGCAAAUCCGAAUCAUCUGUUCCUACUCUUGCCUUUGGCGGCCCGGGCUUUCUCCUGUUGCCUCGAGCGAUGUCGCAAUUGGGUCUAGCAGCCUCUACUGUAGGCCUCAGCCGCAUUGGGUCGGUAUUCUUUCUGUCAGUUGUCGCUGCGGCACACUCGGGCUUCCCCUUGUCUGUGCAAAGCCCUGCCAGGCUAGGUUCAGGCAUGCCAGCCGUUAGAUGCUCUGCGGUCGGCUCGCCUUCGUUGCUAAGGCACCAUGCACGUCCUGAGGCCUUUACAUCGACCUUGGGAUUGGCAAGGACAGGCUUUGUUUUCUCCUUGCCAGCCAUCAGUCACGGUCUCCUGGGCCCGCUGAUGUCACUCCGCAGCACCGGUCGUUCGGGUCUCUUGGCAUUUGCCAUGGGCUCUGUGCAUUCCGACUUUUCCACGUCCUUCCGGUCCAUGGCUCGCUUGGGCUUCGCCACCCCGACUCAUGAUAUGGAAACCGUAGACCUGACAUUGCCGUCACGCGGCUCUGCCCGAUCAGGUUUCGCUUCUCCUGUGCUGGGCUUGGGUCGCACAGGCCCAUGUUUCAGCUUGUCGGUAGCUGAUGCGAGUUGGCCCGGCUCCACGACAUCAACAAGGAGCCCUGGAUGUGCAGAUCCCAUGGCACCACCCUCGAGUUUCGGCACUGCUGGCUCGGCUGUGCUGUUGCGAAGCCCUUCUCGAGCGGGUUUGCGCAUCUCGGAUCUCCAUCGUCGCUGCGAGAAACGGCUCGACUGGGCUUUCUGUGCACGUGUGGGCUUGGUGUUCAGCCUGUCAGUCACCGCAGCAAGUGAACUGGGAGCCUCGGACAUCCAGGAAGCCUGGUACCCUCACUGGACGACGGAAGACCCGGAAGCAACUCCAGGCCUACUUUUGUUUCCUCAUACCUUUGCCCGAUUGGCAUUAGCAGUCUUCGUCUGCGGCUAUAAAGAGUUAGGCUUCCCGCUUCCUAUGCAAAGCAUGUCGCGACCUGAAGUUGCGACUCUGACUAUUGGAUUGGCAUGCGUGGGUUCGAUCUUCUCCCUGCUCGUUGUAGAAGCGACACGUCCAGGGCCUUCGCUUCUCCUCCGCUCCCUUUCCCGUCCCGGCUCAGCACCAUCGGCCCCGGGCUCUGCUCAGUCGGACUUCUCCUCCUCCUCGCGGAGCUCGGCGCGCUUGGGAAGCACGGCCUUGGUCUUCGGGGCGGCGCGUUCGGGUUCUUUGGCCUUGGCGCCGGGCUACGGGUCGAUGGGCUCCUUGAUGCUUCUCCGGUCUCCCGCACGGCUGGCUGCAUUGGCUUCUGUGUCAAGCUUCUCGCAUCCAGACUUGCCGGCUGGCUCAGCGGUGUCCACACCUGGUUAUGGCGACUUCGGUUUCCCGAUAUCUCCACGCAGCUCUCUGAGACUUGAUCUCUUUGCAUCAGCCGUGGGCAUUGCAAGGAUAGGCUUUGUUUUCUCCCUGUUGCUGGCUGAGAUGGCAAACCUGGACUUGCCGGCACUGCUGAGAAGCUUUGCUUGUUCAGGAUCUUCAGUCCCAGCGCUGACCCACGCAAGACUCGGGCCUCCCCCUCCGCCACACAGCCUCGCUCAAUCGGAGCUGUCAACCCUAGCCACGAGCAGUUCGCGAACGGGCUUGAUGAUGCCACUGCCGAAUUGCGCCUCCGUCGGUUCGUCCUUUUUGCUCCAAUCCUUUGCCUGCAUGGGCUCUGUGCUUCCAGCAUCGGGAUUUGCCCACGUCGCUCCGUCGACGUUGACCCACAGCUACGUGCGUUUGGAGAGCCUGCCACUCAUGGUUGGCGUUUCGCGAGCAGGCUUCGUCUCCUUUCUGUCGGUGGUUUCAAGCACGCUCCUUGGCUCAUUCCUUCCGCCGCAAAGCCUGGGUAGACUCGGAUCCGUCACGCCAGCCCUGAGACUUGCCGACUCAGGACUGCCUCUGUCCUCGAAAAGCAUGGGCUGCCUUGACCCGCUCGUGUCCGCUUUCGGCCUAUCAAGGGCAGGCAGUGUCUUCUCUCUCCUGGUUCUGGAUUUUCUCCACUCGGGCUCGAUUACGUCGGUGAGAGCUCGCACCUGCUUGGGAUUCUUCCUACUGGCAUCGGACUACCUCGCAAUGGGCUCGUCCCUGUUCGUAAGGCAGCUUGCUCGCCUUGGCUUCUCAACACCAGCCUUUAGCAAACUACGCUCAGACGUCACGUCACCGGCAUCAGGCAGCGCUCACUGUGAGUCUUCCCUUUCCUCGCACAGCUGCUCGCGGUCGGGAUUGGUUCCGACUGCCUUUGGUGCUGCAAGGUCAGGGUCACCGUCACUCCUUCGCAGUUCCGGCCACCUGGAAGUCUCGGCUUCCGUGUCAGGGCUGAGCCGAGCUGGUUUCGUAUUCGUGCUGCCUGUCGCUAGCAGAGUCACCCUAGAGCUGUUGCUGCUAUCACGAAGCCUUGCACGACUGAGCUCGUCGCCAUUGGCUCCUGAGCCUUCGCAGUUUGGACCAAGUCUUCCAGUGCAAAGCUCUGGAAGGCUCGAGUCUGCAGCUUUUGCCCCGGGCUCCUCGCAUAUGGGGUCACCAAUGCUCCUUCGAAGCCUGAGCCGGGUCGGGUCCCUGGUGCUUCUGUCCGGGCUGGCUUGCCUGGGUGUUCCUCUUCCCGUGCUCGGUUGCGCACACGUGGGCUUGCUGAUGUCCCUUCGCAGCUUUAUGCGUGCAGACUUGAUGGCUCCAUCUGUGGACUUUGGACAGACAGGUUCUUGCGUUUCUACCAGAAGCUCUGCACACACGGAUGCCCCGGCCUUGCCGAUGGGAUCAAGCCGCCUGGGGCUCGUAUUCGCACUUCUGGUCGUGGAAGCGACUCGUCCUGAGCCCUCCUUGCUGCCCAGAAGUCCUGCCUGCCUGGGUCCUGCUGUUCCUGCAUCCGGCGCUGCGAAUUCAGGUUCGUUGCUCCUAAUCAGAGGACUUGUCAGGUGUGGCUCCACACCACUACUACUGGGGGUUGCCAAGUCUGAUUAUGCCUACUCCCUGUUCGUGCUGGGGGUUACUAUUCCUGCAUCAUCACUCUUUGUGCGCAGCCAUGUGCGAAUGGACUUUGCAUUGCUUGUUCCGGGGUUCGCGGGUCUUGGGUCAAGCGUGCUGAUACGGUGCUUUGCGCAUUUGGGCCUUUCAGCGCCUGUAUCGAGCGUGUCUUGGUUGGGAGCAUCCUUGCCAGUUCCGGGCAGCUCUGGUCCUGGUUCUUCGCUUCUUUUGCGGUCUUUCAGUCGGGCAGGACCUGCCUUGCCGGUUCCAAAUCUCGCAACCUGUGGCUUCUCGCCGCCAGCACAACAUCCCAGCUGUCCCGGUUCCAGCGUCCCCCUGGUUGGCUUGGCUCGCACUGGCUCCGUUUUCCUGCUGCCCGCAACUGACAGGACAUGUCCAGGCACGGCCAUGCUGCUGAGAAGCUCUGCCUGCACGGGUUCGGUGGUCUCAGCCUCAGGCUGCACGCACCCUGGCUCGCUACUUUCCUUGCGAUCGCCUGGACGACUCGACCUGUUGGCGUCGCUCGUGGGAUUGGUUCGUGCUGGCUUUGUGUCCUCGCCGUUGGUGCCUGGAAAGGCCAAUCCAGGUCCCACGCUGUCGAUCAGAAGCUUCAGCAAGACAGACUUCUUUGUGCUUGUGCUUUUCUGUAGCUCUGCAGGCCUGGCGUUGCUUCCAAGAACUUUUGCACACAUUAGCAGCUCAGUGUCCGCAUGCGGCCUUGGACGAAUGGACGUCUCGCUUUUGGUGUCAGGCAGAGCGCAUUUGGGUGUCCCCACGUCGCUCCGCAGCCUCGCUCGGGCGGGAUCUGCGUCCUUUGCUUUGCAAUUUAGUCACGUGGACUUCGCUCCGUCUCUCCAAAGCCCUUCCUGUGCAGGCUUGCCGGCUCUGGCGUUUGGCCUGAGCCGCACAGGCUCCGUGUCCCUGCUGCCGGUGGCAAGCACCGUGCAAUCUGAUGCUUUCCUGUUGUCACAGGCAUUCGGUAGACUCGGCGCACCUACAUUCGUGUUGGACUUUUUGCACCCUGGUCUUGCUCUACCUGUUCGUAGCCCCUGCCAUGUUGAGCCCAUGGUACCUCCGUCUGGCCUGGCACGCUGUGGCUUCGUAUCCCCUCCGUCUGUGACUGAGAGCAGCACUUUGGGACCGUCCCCGUCACUACAUUCAUCCGUCCGAGCAGAUUCAGUUCUGCUGGCCAUGGCGCCCAGUCACCUUGGCAGUUCCCUACCUCUGCGAAGCCCUUCUUGCGCAGAUGCCGCUGUUGUGGUUUGCGGAAUUUCUCGGCCGGCAGCCCUUCCUUCGGCCUCAGGCUCUGCUGGAACGGGUUCCUCUUCAGUACCCAGAAGCCUUGCCCGGACAGGAUCCCUUUUGUUGGCCUCUGGCAUGCAGCAUCCUGGGUCUUUGCUGUCUCUGAGGGAGCACGGCCAGCUUGGUCCUUUCGUGUUUGCAACAGGACUGGCUCGUGCCGGCCUCGUGUUCCUGCUAUCUGCCGCAGAAGUAAGCCAUCCGGGCUUUUUCCUUUUGCCCCGAAGCUCUGCACGUGUUGGCAGCGUCCUGCCGGCGUGCAAUUUUGCGCGCACAGGAUUCUCUACAUCCUUGCGGAUGUCUGCUCGUUCGGGUAGCACUGCGCUGGCUUCUGGUGUUGCGUGCUCAGGAGUUCUGCUUUUCGUGCUUGGCAAGGCGGCGAUGGGAAGUCCAUUGUCGUUGCGAUCACGUGGCCGCCUGGGCUUCGUGUCAUCUGCCUCGCGUUUCUCGGACUCCGGCUCUUUCGUGCCCUUGCGUGGACUUGCUCGUGUGGGUCCCACCGUUUUUUCGUUCGGCCUUGCGCGAGCUGGGCCUGCAUCCCCACUUCCAGUGACAGAGGCGACGAAACCCGACCUAUCACUUUCUCUGAGGAGUUGCAGUCAAUUCGGUUUCGGCUCAUCAGCCUUGUGCUUCUCACACGCAGAGCCCUCGCUCUUUCUCCGGCAGCCUGCUCGUCUUGGCUUCACUGUUUUCGUGUUUGGCUUGUCUUGGGCCGGUCCAGUGUUCGCCUUGUCGGCAGUUGACAGUGUCCAUUUGGGCUUCUUCUUGUUUUCACGAAGCGCAGGUCGACCGGGCCUUCCCUUGUCAGUCUCCGGUGCUACUUGCCCGUGGUCGGCGUUGCCGCUCAGAUCCUUUGCGCGACCUGGGUCGCUUGCUCCGCCUUUGGGUCUAAGCCGCGCAGGCUCUGUUUCCCCGCUGCUGUUGGUGGACAACGCAUGCCCUGACUUCCCUGCAUCACUGCGUUCUCUUGCCUACCUCGAACUCCUCGUUUCGGUGCUUGGGUACAGCGAGUCGGAGCCUUUGGUGCCUUCGCAGUCCUUCGCACGCCUGGGCUUUACGGCGCUUGCUUCUGGCCUCGGGUGGUCGGGCAGCCUGCCUCUUGUCUCGAGCAGCUCGAGUACUGAAUUCCCACUUUCCAUGCGGUCACCUGGUCGGCCAGGUUCCUUUGCCUCUAUGCCGGGCUUCGCGAAGGCAGGCCUCUCCACAUCUUUGCGCCAGCGCGCUCGACUGGAGGCGACUGCCUUGAUCUUUGGCAUCUCGCGUGCGGGGUUGGUCUCCUUUCUGCUGGUGGUGGACAAGGUUACUCCAGGCUUUCUGCCACUGUUGCGUUCCUCGGCCAGAGUCGGGCCGUUCCCGUCAGCAUCGGGCUCCUCUACUUUGGGAUUCUUGGCUCCCUUGCAAAGUCCUGCCUGCCUUGGCCCAGUAGCGUUCGUACCGGCAUGCAGUAGCUCCGGGCCGCCGCCGCCCUUGAAAGCACCAGCUCAGCCAGGCUUUGCUGUGUUCGUGACCGGAACCGCAAGGUUGGGACCGGUCUUCGUCCUGCCAGUUGCGGCCUGCGCCCACUUGGGCUUCUCACUGUCUUUGCGAUCCUUCGCUCGUGUGGGGCCAGCCUUCUUCGUGUGCGCUUCCAGUCACAUCGGGCCGGGCUCAGUCUCCCCACUGCCGGCCUCGGACCUUCUGCAACUCGGGAGCCUCGCCUGUGCUGGCCCAGCCUCGUUGCCACCCGACCGCGGGAAACUUGGUGCAUUUGGGAUUUCUUUCGUCUCCUCGGAGCCUCGCACGAUGCGGCUUCUCACUCUUGGCUCUCUGCACGGCCCACCCGGGUCAGAGCCCCUUCUGUCGGUCCUGGGCCGUGCGCAUACGGGAUUUGCGCCCCUGCUUCGAAGCCCCUCACGCGCUGGCCCCGCCGUACCGGCACUUAUGGGUUCGCAGCUUGACUCUUUCCCGUUGAUGCAGCAACUCGCUUACCCGGGCUCUUUGGCGCUGCCCUUCGGAUUGGCACGAGCUGACUCUGUUUUCCCACUGUCUGUCGCUGAUGCAACUCACCCCGAAGUCCCAUUGCCUCUGCAAUCCUUUGCUUGCUUGGGCUCAGCUGCGCCAGUUCCGCGUUCUGCGGAUUUUGAAUUCUCCGUGUUGCUCAGGAGCUUUGCACAACUUGAUCUCAUGGUGUCUGCCUCUGGAGCAGGCUGCUCAGAUGUCUUCCUUCCAGCCCUGUCCAACACAAACCUGGGCUUCGCCUCAUUUCCUCGCUCCUCCGGCCGACUCGGCCCUCUGAUGUUGGCAUUGAAACUUGUGGAUUCGGGCUCUUUCGUUCUACUGCAAUCUUUUGCGCAACUAGGGCCACCUGCAUCUCUCUUUGGCUUGAGUUGCGCUGGCUUCGUGUUCCCUCUACCUGUAGUGGAGAGGGUGUGCCCGGGCAGCGCAUCGCUUCCACGUAGCCUUGCCAGACCGGGUGCUUCAGUCUCCGCCUUCUGUGAUAAGUCACCGGGAUCUCCGUCGCCUCUCCGGAACUCCGGACACACUGGACUUGCGGCAACGGUAUCCGGGCUGGCCUGUUUGGACGUCUUGGUGUUUGUGCUGGGCAGUGCCGCGCUUGUGUCGGCCUCCUCUUCGACGGGCUCCUUGCUGCUGUUGCGCAGCUUCUCCUGCGUUGAUUUCUCUGUAUUUCUGCUUGGAUUGAGCAGAGUGGGCUUCGUGUCCUUCCUGCCUGUGGCCAGUUCGACAACUCCAGGCUUCUCGCUCCCGCUUCGCAGCUCCUCGCAUGCAGAGCUGGCGGCUCCGGUGCUGAAGCUCGCUGCUCUGGGAUUCUCCAUAUUCUUGAGACAGUUUGCAAAGCUAGCGAGCUUCGUGCCGGUUUCGGGCGUCGCUCGCUUGGAAUUGCUGAUUUCGGCAUCAGGUGCCGCACAUGCGGGAUCAUCCUGCAGCUUGCGCACCUUCGUUCGACUCGACUCUGCAGCAUUCGCCCUGGGCUUCUCGCACACUGGUUCAUUCCCUCCCGCAAGAAGCCAUGCGCACUCUGAGAGCUUGAUGUUCAUUGAGGGAGUUGUCCGCAUCCGCUCUCUUGGUGCGCUGCCAGUGGUGGAAGUUGGACUCCCUGGAUCGUUGCUUCUGGCGCGAAGCUCCGUUCGAAUCGACCCGGCUCCGCCUGCUUUAUCGCACAGCCACUUCGAUUCUGCAGCUUCGCUUCAAAAUCACCUGCGCGGUGGUCUCUUGCUGUUCAUCUUUGGCACGGCUCUCCUCGGUCUUGCACUGUUUGUUUCGGAUUCCUCGAACCUAGAGUUUGCGUUGAGCGUGCGAUCCUAUGCACGAACUGGUCUGGCUAUCCCAGUGUGUGCAUUUACGGACACUGGCUCCUCUCUGCUACUGAGGCAGUCGUGCCACUCAGGAAGUGCUGCGCCGAUGCCGGGAACAGUUUGUUCGGAAGCGACAAUGUCCAUAUGUGGUGCAUCCCACUUGGCAUCGCUCGUGUCCCCUCGAAGCUCUGGAUGCACUGGUCCGGCAGUGCCGGCGUCUAGGUUUGGCGAACCUGGUUCGUCGAUGUUCUUGCGCAGCUUCGGCUGGUCUGGCUUGUCAGUAUCGGCUUUCGGGCUUGCCAGGACAGAGCCCGUGUUCUCUCCCUUGGUGGCCGACAAGGUACAGUUGGAUAUAUCCUUGCCCUCGCAGUCCACGGCUUGUUCGGGAUUUUCGGCAUUGGCCCUGGAACCUGUCAAGUUCGGCUCCGCAGUGCCUUGCCGCAGUUUUGCUCGCACCGGCUUGAGCGCACCUUCCUUUGGCAAGGCAUGCCUUGGUCUCCCCGUCCCGAUUCUUGAUGCGGUGGAACUCGAGCCCCUGCUGCCUUCCCACAGCCACGCUCGAUCAGAGCUGGUCCUGUUUCUGCCUGAACUCGCGGUGGUGGGAUCAUCAGCAUUACUGCGCUCUCUCAGCUGCACGAACUCCCCCUUGCUCACCUGUGGUUUCGGCGAUGUAGACUUCUUGCUGUCGUCGCGUCAAUCUGCCCACUUAGGUUUCAGUGCGCCGGUCUGCGGCAUUUCGCGUCUAGACUUCCUCUUGCUGGCUUCAGGUGCGGCUUCGAUGGGAUUUUUCCUUCCACCCCGGAGCCUUGCGAGACUGGACCCGCCGAUCUCCGUGUUUAGGGAGCAGCACCCGGGGCCGUCACUACUUCUGCGAAUGUCUGCUUGCUGUGGCAGUACCGCACCGGUUUUCGGGAUGGUUUGCUCAGGGUCGUCGAUCUUUCUAUUGUCCGAUGCAAGGCCGGGUGCCUUCGUUCUCGUGCGAAGUCUUUCAAGACUGGGAGCUGCAAUCUUCGUUCCGAACUCUGGCACUCUUGGCUUGUCAGCGUCCCCACACUCCUCUGCUCGCGUAAGCCCCGCGGUGCUUGUGCCGAGUCUUGCCCACUUGGGCAGCUUUGCGUCUUCAAGGAGCUUUAGUCGCGUGGACCCCGUUGUAUCUGUUCCGAGACUCACUGACAUGGGCUUCUCACUGCUUCUGCAAGACUUUGGGCGGGCUGGCUCUAUCGUGUUAGUCUUCGGCGUUGCGUGGCUCGGGCCUUUGCUCUUUGCUUUGAGCUGUAGUCACCUUGGCUUCACACCCUCUUUGAGGAGUUUUGCGAGAGCUGGGCCGGCAGUUUCUGUGUCGGGAGCCUCUCACCUCGGCCUCUUCUCGCCCAUGCGAAGCUUCGCUCGCUUAGGGCUGACGGCUCCGACCUUUGGCGCCUGCCGCCCGGGGAGUGUCUUCGCCCUGUCGGUUGCUGACAAAGCCACCCUUGGCUCGUCAUUGCCGCUACGUUCAUCGGCUCAUCUUGGCGCCUCAGCGCCCGCUUUGGCGUUUACACAUACUGGCAGUUCGUCGCUUCCGCAAGAACCUGCCUGGCCGGCAUCUUCGGCACCCGUCCUUGGCAUCGCAUGCUUGGAGGCCCUUGCGUUUGUUCCGGGUGGCUACAAGCCAGGGUCCUCAUCGUUCUUGCGAUCCUCGUCCCGAUCAGCUUCCGUGGCUCCGGUUCUGGGAUGUGGACACCUCGGCUUCUUCCUGUUGUCACAAAGCUCUGCGCGCUGUGGCAGCCCGCCGCUCGCCUUGAGGAUGGCCGACGUGGGUGCUUCGGUCUUUUUGCGAAACUUCGGUCAAAUUGGUCUCUCUGUUUCCACGUCUGGCGUCGGGUGGCCGGGGUCCGGGAUGCCACCUUCGGGCUGUGUCCAGUUGGGUUUGUUGAUGUUAGUGCACAGUCCUACAUGGCUUGAGUCUGCUUUGCCGGCUCUCCAUGACAAGACUACAGAAUCCUUCCUGGUUCUGAGAUGUUUUGCACACUUGGGACUCUCCGCUUUGCUUUUGGGCAAGUCAGCCUUGGAUGCCUUCCCGUCAGCUCCUGGAUUUGUGCACUCAGGUCCGCCGCUUCCGUUGCGUAGCCGUGCGCGGGUGAGCUUUGCACUGCUCGCUCUUGAUUUUUCUCAUGCUGGCUUUUCAGCCUCUCUGCAGUCUCUUGCCUGCUCGGGGUUUGUGGUGCCUGCCUCCGGUGCUGCCAAGGCGGGCUCUUCGCUACUUUCACGGUCCUCUGGUUGCCUCGGGCCUGCUGCAUCAGCUUGUGGAAUGCUGCGCCUCGGCUUCAGGACGUCAGCUCUGCAAAGCGCAACUUCAGGACUUCCGCUCUUGACGAAGAGUCUCGCAUGCGCAGACCCCGUGCUUCCAGCUCUUGGAUCUGCUCGUUCAGGCCCACCGCCUCCUUCGCAAUCCUUCACAUGCACUGGCCUUCUGGUUUCGUCCUUCGGGGCAGCAGCAUUCGACUUCUCAGUGCCGGCUCUUGAUAUGCUUCAACUGGAUGUCCUGCCAUCUUUGCGAAGUCUCCUCCAACCUAGCCCUGCAGCACUGGUGCCUGGUUUAUUCCACCUCGGUUUGUUGGCCUCGCUGCGGUCCUCCUCAUGCCUGGGUCUCCCGGUGUCCGUGACUGGCAUCGCUUGUCCAGAUCUUUCCUUGCUCGUGUCAGGCGGAUCGAAUCCAGAGCUGGUUUUGUCUCCCAGGAGCCUCGGCUGCGCAGACUCUUUUCCUCUGAUCCCUGGCUUUGGCCAUCUCGAAAGCAGCGUUCCACUUCGAAGCCUCGCAUGUGUGGGCCUUGCGGCUCUGGUGCUGGGCAUGGCGGCGCUCGAGCUAUCGCUGCCACCAAGAAGCCUUGCUUGA